AUGUUUUACGAGAUGCGCGACGCCAAGCGAUACGACGCCGGGCCGACGUCGUCGUCGUCGUGCCUGGGCCGGUGCUGGGUGCUGGUGGCCAUGUGCGGCCUGCUCAUCACCGUGUCGUUUAUCGGCAUGACUCUGUGGCUGGGCAUGAACAGCAGACCGGACGUGAUACCGGCGUCCGCGUACCAGCCGCCCUCGCACGCGGCCCCCCCGUCGCCAAACGUGCACCGGCCUCACCUGCACUACGAGACGACCAGCGCGACGACCAAGUCCGCGUUCCCGACGACCGAUUACGACGCGAUGCCCACCACCAGUAUCAAGAACAAAAAAGGCAGGAUCGAGAUUGUCGAACACGAGAAAAUACAGGCCGGCAAAGUCGAACCGACCACGCUGCCGGCCGCCAUUUCGACGAGGGUCGUCGACGCGAAGCUCGGCCGGCCGCACGACGGGGCGACGGGCGGCGGCGCGAGAAUCGCCGAGGUCAAGCUCGGUGACGGCGUGAGCCCGAUGGAGGAAGAGACCGCUGCAGAGUCGUCCGGGGUCAACGGGGUGAAGAAGAAGUCGGAGGUGGUGUACCCGAACUGGUCCGAUCUGCCGGAAGGGAAAAUCGCCACCGCCGAAGACGAACCGGAGUUGCAGGAAGAGUUCCGACCUUACUCGCCUUACGUAGAUGAUCUACAGCCAGACGCGCAAAAGUUCAAUCCGAUACCCGCCUUUUCGUACCUCAAAGAGCAUCCCGUCCGGUUGACCGGCAAAGACAUACGGCCGCCGGGCGGUACGGCCGAGACCGACGAGUACCCGUAUUUCUAUCCGCAGUUCGAAGACGUCGUGCAGACCGCGACCGCGCCGGACGAGAAGUCGUCCACCGCCAACAAUCCGCUUUUCGGGUUUCUGCGGAAAAGAUUGCAGGACGUGCGUGAUUGGCUGGCCCAGUCGGGCGUCCGGAAGAACCAGAGCCAAUGGAUACAAAUGGUGGACGCGGUCAACCAGUCGCUGUACACGAAAAACGCCACGAUCGUGUUGUCCAAAUUACGGGAGAUGUACGCGAACACCAGCGACGUGGCCGCCGACACGCCCGUGGCCAGUCUGAUCUACCCGGCCGCGGCCGGCAACGAUUCCGCCGCCAGUCUGGUGUCGUUCGGGCUGUUGGCCAUCGAUCUGUUCCUGUUGCACAACGUACAGCAGAUCGCGCUCAACGAGGACCCCGCGGCCGAACAGCAAAUGCUCAACGACCCCGACGUGGUAGCGCUGAACUCGCUGUUCCUGCCCCCGGACCGCGUCAAGCAGCUCCGGUCCGCCAACUCCCGGGUGCUGUCCGACGACCGCCGGGACAAGCGUCCCAAAGGGUUCGUGUCCGAACUGAUGGAGUUCGUCAACGGUGGCCUGAGGGCCGUGCUCAACCUGAGCCGGGCGUACAGGAGCAGCUCGCGCGCGGCCAAGGCCGAGGGAAAAAGCGUCGGUGACGGUCCCGCCGCCGUCGCCGUCAGCGGAUCGUCUCUGGACUGCAUUUGGACGUUGUACUGUCGGAAUUUGGACAAGACGGCCAAACUGGACGGGCCUUAUGGUUUUUUGGCGAAGAUGAACAGGUAAAUAAUUGCGAAAAAUGUAAAAAAUACGCGCGGCUAUCGUGUGAUAGUGAAUAUAAUAAUUAAAUAUAAUAAUUGUUGAUAAUCGAUCGAGCUCCGCACGAUUGCAAUACGUAUCUAGGGUCAGAGCCGGCCUAAGAGUGAAUUUUUUUCGAGAGGCCUCAGGGAGUUAGUGAGUUUUGAACUGUGUUGAAUGGACGUUAUUUUUUUUUAUUUUAUCUACGUAAACAAUCGAUGUAAUAUUUCCCCGUCCAUCGGUAUUUCAGCGGUUCGGAAAUAAUGGUUUUAACGUGUGAUUCUGUAGUAUUUCCUAUGUUUGAAAAUCGAUAGCAAACAAAUCGUUACAUUAUAACGCGCCGAUAAUUGCCGGUAACGAGCCGUUUGAAGAUUAGAACGUUUUGCCCGUCGUGUUAACGGCAGAGCUUUGUGCAAAUCGGCUAGCAAUAUUCAAACAAAUAAAAUACAGUGGUACAAGUAAAAAUUCUCACAAUAAACAAAAACUUGGACGCUGUUUUAAAGUUUUUAACGUUAUUAGUGUGUGCAAAAUCGACCACACGGAAGUUAAUAACGGUUAUCAUUAGGAUCCGGAUUUUUAUGCAAAUGCACAUUCGACUACAAUUCGCCCAGAAUAAUUUCGAUAAACAAAUAUAGACGUUUCGUAAUACGUAGAUUCUAUAGUAAAUUUUUUUUUAUUUUCUAUUUUUUUUUUGUAUUUUGUAUUAUAUUUAAGAAAAAAACGGCUAUAAAUUGCAUAUUUCCAUAUAUUUGCAUAAAAGUUGCAUAUUUUAUAGACAGUAAUUCAACAGUUUUUUUAAUUUCGCUCAGUAGCUGUUUAACCUAUUGUAAAAGCUACUUUGAGCAUUAAUAUCCGUCGUCAGAUAACUUCAGAUAAUCGCUUGGGCGGCACGAUAACAUCAAUACUGUCAGCAUGUCAAUUGGAAGUGUCGGGGGAGUCUACAGUUUAUCGCUAAUCGGAUGACGACUGGACCUUCAGGUAUAUUGGUGACGGUUGCUCGUCGGUGUAAUCUAUCCGCAGUUUUUCAGUUCGCUUCACAUAAUAUUUUGUUUAUUUAGCGUUAAAUAUUCUUAAGAAAAUGCCAAAGGCCAUAACAAAAAGCACAAUUUUACGUGAAUGAUUACUCGGGUGUCUUUGGUCACGUACGUCAUAACCAAGUUAUGACGUAAUUUUCGUGAAACCAGCGUAUCGUGUGAUAGAAAAUAUCCGGUUAUAAUUAAAAAUCAAACGCUUAAAUUAUUCGCUAAAAAUAAUCUGUCACAAGUGUUGUUAAAAAAUUCAGAAUAUUUUCAAAUUAAAGAAAUGUUUGGAAUAUUAGGCGAAGAAAUAAGCAACAACAUUGUAGGUAUUGAAGAGUUGUCAUCUGAACACAUUUCUUGUUUUAAACAUACGCCAACUGUAUUUUGCGACGUAGAAAGAAGUUUUUCUAAAUAUAAAUUUGUGCUUUGUGACAAUCGCAGAAGUUUUCAGUUUGGAAAUCUCAAAUCACAUUUUGUAUAUUCGUUCCAAAACUAAUAUUACGUUUUCUCUCGUUAUUUUACAUGUAUAUGAACGUGACAAUUGAUAAAUAAUAAUCAAGGGCAAUAGUUUUGUUGUAAUUUGAAUUGUAUUUUUAGAUCUUGAGCGGAGCAAGGAAUGUAUUGGUUUUUCAAUAAUGUUUAUUGUAUUUUUUUUUAUGUGAACAUUUUUGAUACCAGAAAGCUUACUCCAAUUAUCAAGUACAGCAAAGAAAUAUUCUCUGGGUGGUACUUUAGAGAGAUUAUUUUUUGAAAUUUUCAUUAGUAUUUGAGAUAAGUAUAAAAACCUGGUUCUUUAGGUUAAAAAAGAUUGAAAGAUUAAAAAUAAGGUUGCCACUGGCAACCGUUUUUAUUUAGUAUUUGUUAUUAUUAAGUUUUUAUUAUUUUAAAUACAAAUAUUUUUUAAACAAUUAUUGUUUUCGUGGAAACGCAUAUUGUAAUAAUUUUUCCAUAAUAUGGUAUAUUGUAGACCAAGCAACCUAUCAACUGAAUUCCACUCAGAAUCGUUUUUCCGUUAGCAAAGGUUUAUAUCGUUGCAGAUGUACAGAUAUACAUUGAAUUUCCGUCUGUAUCUUACCUUCCCAACUUACAACAGUGGCUACACCCACGUGCAAAGUAUGUCCAUCUUUUUUUAUUUCUAUAUUAUGUAAUUAUUAUUUAUUUCACUAUCAUACAGUGUGCAAUAGUUUUUAAAGUGUUUAGCCUUUUAAGCGAGCAGUAGGGCGUUUAAUUUCGCGUAUUUUUGAAUUUUUAUGUGCACAUUUAACGAUAUGUGCUGCAUAAAAAUCCGGGCCCCAUUUAUUAUACAGAUGGGCUCGCACGGAGCUCAAUUAUCGAAAAAAAAAAACACGAAUCACGAUUACGUCGUAGUUUCGUUGACGCGGGGAUCGACUGCGCAGUUGACGACUGCGAGCCGAAUUAAAAUUAACAAAUUUAAUAGAAAUUAAAUUGGAACGGAAAUUUUAGGUAAACAUAUUAUGAUCAUACACGUAUUUACGAGCACGUUCACGAGCGGUAAACUGUUAAAACGCUCGAUAGUUAACGUUCGAAAUGUUUGAACGGUUGAUAUUCAGCGGCAAAUAUAGAAAUAGAACAAUAGAUACUAUAAUGAGAUAACGUAUCUCAUUUAUACGUGGUCUUUAUUCGAAAUUUCAAAACGAGAUAAGAGAUCUGAAUCACCGCAUUCUAUUCUAAAAAGAUAGCGAGCCACGGGAAAUACCAUUGUUCGUCACUUGUACAAUUUUUUUUUUCUCAUCCCAUACGGUAAAAGCAAUGCUGCCAAUCCCGGGGAUGGGACGGACUAUUGGCCCCCUCCGAAUGUUAUUAUUACUAUUGUAACGGAGUCUUACAAAUCGCGGGGCUGGUAACGCGUUGGCCCAAGCCAAAGGCCUACACUGCGUGUAGAAUAUAAUAUUAACUCUGAUGGUCGAAAGUCGGACAAGUUAACGAACGUUAUUUAGUCGAUUAAGUACAGUUUCGUUAGAAAAAAAAAAAAAAGUUUCAAAAGUAUAAACCUACGAUAAAAGCGUUAACGAACAGAUAAAUCGAACAGUCGGUCGGGUUUUCGAAUCGUUAUAGUAUAGUCAAUAAACGAUUUGUAUUCUAUAGUAAUUCAUCGUACACUGUGUGCAAAUGUGUUGCGCACACGUACCUACAAUUUUGCAUAAAAGAAAUAACGUAGUGACGAUGAGAAUAAUAUCAUAAAAAACGUUUUGAUAGAAAGCGUACACCGCCUACAGUGAAAUAAUAUUGUGAGAUUUCACCGAAUCUUGUGUUUGUUUUGUUUUUUUCUUUCUAAAUUGUCGUAAAAGUUUUCCCGUUACUUUUCAGUCCGUUCAUGUUUUGUUUACGUUCUUAAUACGACCGUCUAUAAAAUAUGUACACACGAAAUCUCGAAUUAUAAUAAUAAUCGUACGUUUUCUUUCGUAUCCGUCGCGCGUCGUCAAGCCCGGAUAUAGAUCUCCAGGGGCCCAAGGGGCCAAUACAUAGUUGUGGGCCCCCAACAAUGAAAAUAACUUUUAAAAUAAUAAAACAAAUCUGAACCUUUUUAUUUAAGUAUAAUAAAAAUAUUAAAAACAUAUUAUUUUUUAUUACGAUACAUGUACCAACAAAUAAAAUUAAGUACGUAUUUUAUGUAAACGUCUUUUUCUCUUGCUUUUUGUGUAGCGAAUGCUUCUAAGGUUUUAUCGAAACUUAAAUUUCGUAGAACAUCAUUUUCUGUAGAUAAUAUCAUUUAUGAUGACAGAUUAUCUUGAGUUUGCGAAGAUCUAUUUUUAUUUUUAAUUCUGGCCAACUUCGAAAAUGCUCUCUCUGCGGUACAAUGACCAAAAACUAAUAAUGUAGUGUAGGGUGUAGAAAGCAAAGCGUAAACAAUUUUUUUCAAAUUUUGAAAAAUGCCGAAAACCGUAACUAGUUGUCCACAUUAAAAACCAAGCAAAAAAAAAAAAAAAAAAACACGGAAAAAAACAAUUUUCCCACGAGCAAGCAUAUAAAACAAACAAAUUUACAGAUUUAAAUUUUUUAAAUCUGUAUCGUUUAAAUGUAUGGCUCUUGGCUUAAUAAUGAUAAUUAUUGAUAUGAUUCCUAGUAUUUCCGCAAAAUUAUUAAAAAUUUAACACGUUUAAUAACAUCUAUGCACACCAGUUCAUAUGUCGGCGACUUCUAGAUCACGAUAGCAAGCUCAAAGGAAACGAAACCCGAAAAAAUAUACAUUUUUUCUAAAACUAUUCCACCGCGUAAGAAAACUGCAGUUUUAUUUUCCCGGUAAAUGCAUACAACAGAACGUAAUAGGUGAUUUGAAUCGAGUUCUACUCGAUCUUAAAACUUCGCCUGUGCAUGUUCGAAAGCAACGGCGACCAGACAGAUUACCGAGUACCGAAAAAGCAUGCGCUCUAGCCAUCUUAAUUAUUAUUUUAUGUCCUGGGAUGUCGUGCCAAAGAGCUCUCGAGUAUAAUAUUGCGGAGAGAGGAGCGACGUGGGUAAAAUAUUUGUUACGAUAAAUACACUGUUCGCACGGAUAUUUCGAUAGGUACUGUGUCAUAUUUUUUUUUGAUUCGUUUUCGGUAGCCGCGAACAUACAGAUAUCAUUAUUAUCGUUCAAAUUCGUAUGAACAAUAUUAUCACAUCGUACUUACCGAUAUAGGCAACGCGUAGAUAAACGAAUUACGAAUCGGUUCUGCGAAUAUUCACAUGACUUGUUUCUCGUUAAAUUUGGUAAUAUUAUAGGCACUAUAAUCGGCGAAACGUUCGUGAUUUUUUGUUUUGUUUUGUUUUGUUUUUUUUUUUUUUUUUACGAUUAUUAUUCGCAGGUUGAAAAUUGUUAUUUCAGAUUAAUUAAAACUGAUUUUGUUUUAAUUGAGCCAGUUAUAUUCUUAACAUACAGGUACCUAUUUAAAAAAAAAAAACCAAUUUUUUUUUAAUACAGCGUUUAUUUGUACCUAUAUGAACAGUUUAAAUCACCGGAAAUUGACCGUCGGUUACAAUAUUACAAUAGGUUUUUUCCCGUAAAUGUCUAAAUAGGUUUGAAAAAAAAAAAAAAUCUAAGUAACGUACAAAACUACGGAAACGAAAAAGUAAUCGAUGAAAGAUUUUCGUGUAAACUUACCUGUGCAUAAAAUAUCUAAAAUACAAUUCAAAUUGACUCUUCUCAUAAUUUAAUAAAAAUCGUAUUGCGAAUUUCGUAAUUAUUAUUAAAUAUCACUAGCGAAAAUAAAAGUAUACCGAUGUUUGCAAAACACAAAAUUUAAUUUCAAAUACUGCAAAUAUUUCUGAAAUACAUUUAAAACGUUAUAAUAUCGAGUCAUUUUAGACUCUGAGUAUAACGAAUAAUGUUUUACAAAGAUAUUUUUUUUUUCUACCAGAAAGCUUACUCCGAUGAUCAAGUGUAGCACGUUUUCUGAAAGGAAAUGUUUUCUGAGUGGUCUUUUAGAGAGGUCAUUUUUUGAAAUUCUCAUUAGUAUUCGAGAUAAUGAGGAAAACCUGGUUCUUUAGGUUAGAAAAGAUCGAAAAAUUAAAACUAAGUGUGUCAUUGGCAACCGUUUCUAUUAAUUUUUUGUUAUUAUUAAGUUUUUAUUAUUUUAAUAUUUUUUAAACAAUAGUUGUUGUCAUGGAAACGCAUACCGUUGUAAUCAUUUUACCAAAAUAUGACAUAAUAUGUGUAUAUUGUUGACAAAGCAAAACUAUCAACUGAACUCCGCUCAGAAUCGUUUUUUCGUUAGUAACGGUGUAUUGUUGCUUACAGAUGUAUAUGAAAUUCCCGUCUGUGUCUCACCUUCCCACCUUCAACAGUGGCUGUACCCACGUGUAAAGUGUGUCCGUUCAUUUUUAUUCGAUAUAAAAAAUUAUUGGAUUUAUGCGUAGGUAUUCGAAUACUCAGAUAAUGACCAAAUUCCCGAGUAAUAAACAUUAACGGCACAUAGUAAUAAAAUAACAAUCGGUUUUUGAUUUGGAUGUACUCUGGUCAAAGUACUGAUUGCAAUGUCGAAUGCUAUAUCGAAUAGAAAAUACCUAUUAGAUACCUAUCAUACCGUAAGCAUUAUAACAAUGUAUAAAUAUUUUUUUAUGUUGAAAAUUAAUGUUAUCGCUUUUGGAGUACGAACAAAACAUAAAUAAAUGCCGGUUUUCGUUUUAAUCGAUAUUAGAUUUGGAUUUGUGUAACGUGUUUUUUACAUUUUUUAUUUACUUAUAAAAAAAAGUUUUUGAUAAUAAUUCGGUUACAAAUAAUCAUCGUAAAGAUCUGACAUUUUCACAGAAAAUUCAUAUUAACUUUUUAAAGUCGUGAUACGGUUUUUUUUAAAACUAUUUAUAGGCAUUUAACAAUGUCUAGCAAUUAUCAGUUCUUAUUUAGAUUUCUAUGAAUACAAUACACUGUUUGACCAAGUCGGAAAUAUCACUCUAGUUCCAUCGCACGGUUUACUUAGCGGUCGAAAAAGGCUGAGCGUAGCGCAGUAGUUUAUAUUUUUGUAUAAGCUUUUUUCCCUUAACACGUUCAAUGAGUGAACUUCGCUCAGAGUCGCACAUCGUCGUGGAGUUAAACAAAAUUAACGUUUCGAAAAAUGCCGGCGGGGUGACAACGGUCUAACGCGCGUCGCCGUCUACGAUUUCGUUUCUCAAACCGAUUUGAAUGGCCUUUUCGCGGGCUUUUUCCUUUUUUCCUUUUUUUUUUUUUUUUUUCGGCAGACGCGUUGCGGCCCGUCUCACAGAGAGGCGGCGACGGCAAACGUCACCGGGUCUAUACGGCGUCUUAAGCCGCAGUUAUGACAUUUUCCAACGAUAUUAUCCCCGGAAUCUCGCGAACGCGCGCACGCCGCGUAAUAUGAUUUCAACCGUCGUCUCCGCUCCGCGACAAUGAGACUUUCACACAAUAUCAUAAUAUGUUUCCCCGAGCACCGCACCGGACGUCCUAAACAUAAACGUCCGGGUUUAUCCGCGCCCACGCUCGGGAACACUUUUUCUGCGCGCACAAUGAAAUAAAAUUAAAAAAAAAAAAAAAAAAAAACAACCCGAAGAAAAAACGCAUCUGAACGCUGCCGCGCGUAGGCAUUACAAUAUUAUUUAUGUGUACCCGUACGACGACGACGAUGGUAUUUGAACUGUUAUUACAAUAAUAUAUUAAACUCGUAUGCGCGGUUACGAUUUCUAUGCGUUUCUAUACGCUGCGCGUGUAUAUUAGAGGCGCAGAAUCUGUGGGCGGGUGGGGGGGGGGAGGCGAAACACGCGAGCACGUGUGAACCGUGUAAAACGCGCGUUUCGUCCGGACAAUAGCCGCGAACGGCCGUCGGCGUUUAAACGCGAGAAUUAUGCACGUUCUCUUGUAUUAGCGUCAUAAAAAAGACCGCAGUGUUCUAUGCGUACCCGUGCCUCUGCGAGCCCGUAGCGGCCGGUCCGGAACAGUAUUCAACGUGUGCGGAGGCGUUUGGAAACGUCGUACGAUUUUCCCGUAUGGUUUACGCGACGUGAUAACGUUACAAUAUCUCCGGUCUCCGGGGGGAAAACGGGCUCGAGCGAAUUUCGCACAGAUUUCGACGCAACGAAACCGUUGCGUUUCGACCGUAUUCGGCCAGACGACACAACGGCACCGCUAAACGGCUGAAUUUACGCGUGCGACUCAUGCGCUUUCGCAAAACGAAAAGUAGUGCGUCGUAGUGACCCGCAGCGGCACCCGUCGUUAUUCAAUCUUCCCGGGUAAAAUCGCACAAUAUGCCCACCACAGCAGCAAACGAUUAAAUGUUUUUAAUUUUUUAAUAUCACAAUGCGUUCGAACGUUAAAAUCUCCAUGCGUUUAUACCGACCCACCCAGCCGCCAUCAAAGACCGCUGUCAGGUUUAUCCCAAGAAGACCCUGAUAAUGACUUAAGACUGUGAUUUUCAGUGUGACAUGCGUUAGGAUAAUUGAUAUGCGCGUGGAAGAAUAAUUACUUAAGACAAAAUGGCAUAGAAAUAAAUGCCGGAAACUCACGUCCCUCCCUUUCUUCCCCCGGACCAACGAUUUUUUUUGUACCGAUUAUUGCUACACGUUUCUUUGAAAACCCCAAUAAACCUGCGUCCCUGCACUAUGACUGGUUUUUCGUGUGCAAGGCCCGAUAAUAGCACUGCCGUAGGGUGUAGUGAUUUUUCAAAUUUGGAAAACUAUUCAAAUUAAUAGUCAUCAUCGCGAUUAUUAACAUUCUUAAAUAUCAAUUUUCCUAUAUUUCCAUCAAUUAUUGCGAGCCGUUGAGAAUUUUAUUUCGUCGGGUCGUUUAUGCAGUUUUACAGUUCAGAAUCGUGUCAACGUCACUGUAAUGCCGUUUAGAAUAUUAUUGUUUUUACUACAUUAUAACUAUACACACUGUUUAUAUGUCGUCGGACAAGAGAAUCAUAUGUUUUAUACAUUUAGAUUAUUCAAUGAUAUAGAGAAAAUGCAUUUUGAUUAAACGAAUCAGCGAUGAUAAAUGACAAAUGAUAUAUUAUACGCUUAUUUUACGUAUAAAAAACACCAUGAACAUGUAUUUAUUUUUUAUUUUGUAUUUUUAUAAACAGUUAGUUUAUACUUUAUUCUGUUGACCAUUCGUUCUACAGUAAAAAAAAAAACUCGAUUUUAACGUUUUGCAUAUUACAAAAAUAAAAAUUCAACGUAAAAACCGUAAGGACACACAUAAUAUUACAAUUUUGAUAUGCACUGUCAUCAUUAUUGUCAGUAAUGAUUUUUAUUACCUGAAACACGCUGGGUUCAUAUUAAUUAUUUGCAGACUUUCAGUUAGGUUACAAAUACAGGUAAAUUCGAUAUACUGAUCGAAUAGAUAGUCGAAAUCUAAUGGUAAAAUAUUCUAAAAUUAAAAAACGAACCGUUUAAAAACAUCGAAUCGAAUUUCCCCCGCCUAUAUUCACUUGUAUACACUUGUUCACAAGGUAAUUCGCUAAGUAUAUUCACUCGAUGUUUUUUUUUUUUUUUUUUGUUAAAUUUUGCAUAUAUUCAAAUUUUGAUUUUUAAAAUUUUUAAGUGUAAUCAAAGCCGAUAUUUUCGAAUACUUUAUUUAAAUUAAUACUCAAUAUAUUUAUGGCAUUUUUAACAUAAUAGGUUUUCAUUUGUAAAACCAAAGCUGGUAUCGCCACAGCAUAUCCCUUAAAUGUUCAGUUACUCUUGAAAAUUCCAAUAAUCCAGAAUUUGAACGUAUAAAAAAAUUGUUAUCAAAAAAAAAAAAAAAAAAAAAAAAAUGGGAUUUUUAAACAAUCACUCUAUAUAUGUUUUUUUUUUUUUUUUUAAAUUGUUUUUUUCAAAUUAAAAAUAAUUUACAAUUAAUUGGUGCUAAAUAAAAAUGAAACUAUGAAUAUACUUCCUUCGGGCUACGCUUGCGGCGGUUGGCACAGAGUUACAAAGUAAUUACACUGUAUUGUAAUACAAUUACGAACAAUAGACAGUUCGAAUAAAAUAAACCUAACCAAACCAAACGGUUAUUUUUCACACUCAAUAUUAAAUGGAAUGUAAAUAUAUUUUGGACGUAUUCUUGGUAAAAACAAUUAAUAACCGGAUACCGCGAUAUAACACUGUACUGCACCACUGCAACUAUAGAGACGAUAUUAAACUAACCGCUUUCGAUAAAAUCGUGCAAUUUAAACGUACUCGUGAGACGGGCGUUGGAAAUCGAGCAUCCCAUGUUGACGUCCAUGGGCGUCCGUGGGCGUCCAUGGGGGGGCAAGGAGGGAGCAUGUCCCCCCCCCCGGUUUUUCCGUGUUUAUUAUUAAUUUAUUUAUUACUAGCUGUCCCACCCUGCCUUGGCAGUGCCAAUUUUUAUUUAUUUUUUUACCCAUAUUCCUUUUUGGUUUCGACCGUGUCAGUAACGAAUAAAAACAAACAAGUGGAAAGUGGAUGGUCCACCUUUGGCCGGACUAAAAGUAUUCUGUUAAUGACAUAUAUUUUUAAGUUUCAACCAUAGAGUCUAUUGUCUCGAUCAGCAGAAGUUUCGUUACUACGUACCAAGCGUGCUCUAUUAGCAUAUUUUGCCGUGUUCCUAGAUGGUUGUUUUGACACGACUAAAACGCAAACAAAUUUUAAAGACAGUUUACAAUUUUAUUGCGUUAUACAAUAUGGCAUAUAUGUUUUUAUAAUUAUUUUUAAUAAUAUUAAUUGCCAUAGAUACGUUUUGACCAACCUUUUAAAUAUUUUUUCAUUUCAUCCGUGUUACUAAGGUAAUCCAAAUAAUAUCAAUACCCAAAAACCGAAUUUCGGUUCAGUAGUUUCCGAGAACACAGGACUCGAAGGUUUUCAUUUUCACAUUCAUAUAUUUGUAUAUUGUAGGAAGCAGGAAUACAGUCGUAUAAUAUAACGCUACGCGUAAACUUACGUAUCAUAGUGGCGAACUGUUAUCCUAACAGGAAUAGUAAAUAUUAUUGAAAAAUACAGUUUUCCCCUCCCUGGAUUUUCAAAGACGGACGCCCUUGUUAAAGACGCCGGUGCAUAUUAUUGCUGUUCGCGGACGUGGUUUUUUACCUCGCAAUUGUUUUUUUUCGGGAACCGAACGCCUUUUUUCGAAAUGUUUUUUCGCGCGUUGAAUUCACAGCCCUAACGCGAGGCGCUCGGCGGGACCCGGUAGUUUCUGUUUUUUUUUUUUCAUCACUAGAAAUAAACGAUGAUGGGGACGGUAGGGAAAACGUAACGUUUCGAAAAUGUCACGUUUACCGUUCUCCUUCGUACACCGUCUGUCCGGAAAGACGGUUAGCAUAAUGCAAUAUAACUCUGACACAGUCUGCGAGUAUGGUUAUUAAACACGCACCGCCGCCGCGGUUGUCGCGAUACCGUAAUAUUAUAAUAAACCGGCCGGUACAUGUGCACACGCGUAUCACCGUGUUGUAAAUAACCACUGAUUUGUUGAAGGAAGAAAAAAAAAAAUCCGUUGAUUUUCGUCGUCCGACAUAGCCGUAAUACGUAUAUUAUAAUUAGCAGUUAACCGGUUGUUUGAACGCGAUCGUGUGACGCGCGGGUGGACGGAGCCGUGUAAAUAACCGGUAAAAAAAGUAAAAAUAGCGGAGAAAAAAAAAACAACUACACUUUAUACUAUAAUAUUUUAUAACAACACGGGUAAGUCACCUAACGUCACAUAACAUCACGUGUACGUAUUUGUGUGUAUUAUAAUCGUUGUAUAAUAUCGUACACUUCACGGUGUUUUGACUCCGAGGACAAUUUACGCGGUCGUCGUCGUCCGUGGCGUACCCGCGGCAUUAAAUUGGACGUCAUUAUCCGACUGUUGGAGGAAAAUAAACGCGAACAAAAACGAGCCGCGAGAGUAACGGAUUCCGCGGGAAAAAUCGUGCUUUAAAACGGCCGUGUUUAUUAUUAUAAUAUUAGACGGGAGAAAAAAAAAACCGAGGAAAAAAAAAAUAUAACCACCAUACAUGCUCAUAAAUAAACAGCAAUGCGGCGACGGCGGCGUUUCGGAAAAUAUUAAAAUUACGGUGUUUUAUAAUAUUUGCGGUGUUUCUCGCACAUCUCGUUACGGACCGAAAAAGACGGGUUCGCGGAUCGUACACACUACAAUAUAAUAUUACACUGAUAUAAUAUUAUAAUAACAACGAUAUUUUACGUACGAAUCGUUUUUCUCCGGUCGUCUCCGAUCUCGUACUGUACAUCGGUACGUGCACCGGUUCCCGUCGUCGUCACGCGAAACGACCGCGGACGGGAAAAUCACUCCGCGCUGCAGUGCAAAUAUUAUAAACGUCAAACCGAUAUAGGUACUCACUCAUAUUAUAAGGUAGCGGGCGUUUUUUUUUUUUUAACGCACCGAAGAACUGUAAUGUAUAAUGUAUAUCGCAGGCUAUAGCCGGUUCGGAGAGCAGCAUUCUUUGCGGGAGUGGGUCGUGAUGGACAUUAGGAAAUGCCGAAGAAAAAAAAAACACCCGCUCGCAUUCUCGAAAAUUUCUAAAACGAUUUCGGUAGAUCGUAGGAAGAAGUUUUCCGUUUAGCGGGGGAUGAAAACCGAUUUCCUUAAAACCCUGCGGAUUAGAAGACCUAAACCGGUUGGACGUAUCUACCUACACUUGGUCACCGCAACAAUUUACACUAUACAAGAAGUGAAUUGUAUAAUAUAGGGAUCCGUAGCCAGGAAAAAAAUAGACGAGAAAAGCCGCCACUCGAAUACCUAUGUUGUAUGAGCCAAGUAGUUAGGGAUGUUUGAGGUUGCGAAACAUACCACCGGAAGAGCUGUUAACGCAAAAACAAGAUAGUAUAAUAAUGAUGUACUGUUGCGAUGCCGAAAGCUGGGCAAGUAGUUUAAUUUUAUUAAACUAGUUUAAGUCGAGAUAUAUAUUUAUAAAAAAAAAAAAAAAAUAAAAACAUUAACAAUAAUAUCCAAGCUAAAGUUAAUUUUAAAAUAUAAACGAGUUCGUAUAAAACUAGUUAAGUUUUACGUUUUCAGGAAAACGAUAGCUCAAGUUGAGUGUUAAAAGUUACAUCGUUCAUAAACGUAUUUUAUUGUCAGUGACGUGCGCACGAUAGGGAGUUCGGGGUUAUACACCCCCGUCGGCUUGGAAAUACAACUGCGAGUACUUAUUUAGUAAUUUAAUCUUGAGAUUGUAUUGUGUAUUAAAAUAUAAAGCAUAUUUAAGCCCACCAACAAGGAAACGCUCGAUUUAUUGAUUAAUCAUUGGUCUUUUUUUUUUUUUUUUUGACUCGACUUUCGAAUACCCGCGGAAUUUUAGUUGACUAGAGAGGAUUUUACAAUCUAUUCGCGAAUAUCAUUCGGUACAUUCCCCUGCCGUUCGAAAUUCCCGGGCGCGCUAUUGGUUAUUACGGUACCGUAAUAAUUUUCGGACUCCAAUAGACUUACCGUGUACAAGAAUCGUAUUUCGUAUCUCUUGUUCGUGGAUCACGUGCUAAAAAAAAGUGACUAUCGUCGAAGGCUAUACGCGAAAAACCGUAGGUCAACGCAGCUGGUUUGUUGGAACUACACAGCCAUAUAUCAUUGUACGUGUACGUUUGUCGUUUAUCCGCGAUAUUCGUCUUGCAGUAUGUUAAAAUGAGAAUAUAGUUUGUGUAUUAUUUCGUCGUGACGGUUUACGCCGUAGCGAUUCCCGCGGAGGCGGCGUAGCGGAACGUGACAUAACAGGCGGCCACGGAUCGCCCGGCGAGAUUUAUGCGAGUUGUAUUAUGGCGGGUACCUCUUUACCCGUAUUGUAGAAGAAGCGAGGCACGAACGAAAAAAAAAAAAAAAAACACAAAACGAAGAAACAAAUUUCACGCGGGUAUUAUUAUACACAGUAAUAUAUUUAGUUUAGCCCGCAACGAAAUCCGCACCUAUUAUUAUUAUAGUUUCGUCGUUUUUAUGACGAUAAUAUUUAUACAGUCGUCCGCGGAAGUAGGUAAACGGCGAUGCGGCGAUGUGGAUAAGUCCAUCGAAAACCGACCGUACCUAUAUAAUACACACUCUGCGCGCCGGUCGCGAAAACACGUCGCUGGCAAAUCGCCCGAUGUGUGCGAAUAACGGUGCCUCGAGUGUGGCGAUCAAUUCGCUUUUCCGCAGCAUCGCGCUGUAAUGCGAUUUUAAUAAUAAUAAUUAUUAUACCUUGCAACGGCAGCAGCAGCAGCAGCAGCAGCAGUCACAAAAAAAAAAAAAGAAACAAAAAAAAAACAGAAUAUACAAUUCCGUUCGCUCUCGAAACGGGCCACGGACGCAAACGACGAAAUCCUCCGAUCGGUCUGCAUAUACGUGACCUAUCGCGAAUUCAUAAUAUCGGUACAACGCGAUUUCGACGACCAAAAAUAAUACCGACGCCGCGGGGUGUUUAAGGAAGUCAUUUCGCGUUCUAUAAACGUAAACCCGAAACCUAUCGCCUAAUCGAUCGAAAAUCGACAGUCGUGUUUGUCCGAACCUUAUAAUGCAACAAGAAAGUUACUGUAACAUUAUACAAAGAAUAGUCGAUGACAAAUCACGACGGGUUUGUGGAUAAAGCGGGGGGGGGGACGCGUUAUUUCAUUAGGAAAGCGCCAGAACGUACACUCAACGAAAAUUAACGUUGUAUUCAAUGAAAAACUUGGUUGCUAUCGUUGAUCUUACAAAAUGUUUUGUCUGUUUUUAUAAUGUUUAAUUGCAACGGUAUGAAACUGAUAAAAAUGUUAUUGCUAAAAAAAAAAAAUCAUUAUUCGUCGACAAAAACUUUUUGAUGGUACCCCUGAAUUCAGCAUGAGCUCGCGUUCGUGUGCAUAUUUCAAUAGUAACAUCUUCCAGUUGUCGAAUUCGCCCCCUCGUACUGUUUUACGUUCAAUAUUAUUUCAGAUUGAUAUUGGUGUGGUUUUUUUUGUUUUUUUGUUUAGAACGUUUAGAUCGCAUAGGUAUUACAUUCCAGAAUCUAGACAAACGUUUCGAAUAAAGUUCCGUCCGCGUCUUUCAAGUAAAUACACCGAUAUAGAGUCACGGUGUGAAAGUUCUAGAGGAUUUUUACUGGAAAGUGUGGCGGUUUCUAUAUUAUUGUAAUUACACGGGUCCGAGCCUGGGAAAAGUGACGAAGGACGGGCGGACCUAAAAACGCGCCGCCGUCGUAAGCUGUGUGCUAAAAAAAUGAAUUUAUACAAAAUUCGUUAAGGAUAUACCUAAUACAAUAUAUAUUCUAAAAAAAAAACAAAAAAAAAAAAAAAAAAAAACGGGAUCUUUUAACGUUUUUGAAUAGGAUUUUUUUCCCAUCGGUGUACCAGCGCGCAAAUACAACGUAUAAUUUAUUACGCGGUUGUGUUUCGAACGCGCGAUUAACGAAAAUUCUCACGACGACGACGACGACGCGAAGGAUGAAAACGGGAUCCGUUUAACAAUCGGUUAUUGGCUUCUGUUUCGACUUAGCCUUCGUGUUCUCGCGAGUUCGCUAUAAUAACAGGUAUACCUAGUGGCCACUAUCGAAUAACAAUAAUUGUCCGUGUAAAACGAAACGUAGUUUGCGUAUUAUUGUUACGAUGACAACCGAUGACAUUAAUCGCUUACUAUUGACCUCCCUGUAACGUUGUGCACCGUAUUCGCCGAUCACUUAAAAAUAGCAAUUUACAAAAAAAAAAAAAAAAAUCCAAGUAUAGUUUUAAAAAUCGAUCACAAUGAUGAACGAACCGGACGAAAUUAUAAAAAAAUAAGCAUGUUAUAUUCCGUUUACAGUACGGAAUAGGUCGUUCGAAAAACGCGGUUGCCGUAUAUGUUUAACGCUAAUUUUAGUUUUUUUUUUUUUUUUUUAUACGUUUUUUCUUCGUUUGCCUUAAUUUUGAAUAUAAAUAAUUCUUUUGAAAUAUUCAGCUAACAAGUUUGCGUUUUGAAUACAUUUUUCUCAAUUUACUAUUACUCUAACACUCUUUUCUACACUCUAAAAGUGUUAAACGAACAACAAACACACACGCAGUACAAUUAGCUAAUCAAUUCUACUCGCCGACGUGAAUCCAAAAUAAUUAUACACGAGUAUAAAACGUUUACGUUCCGUCAAGUCUUCUGGAAUUUCGCGUUUAUUUGUAGUAGGUUCUGUACUCAAUUGACACAUUAACCUAACCUAACCGGUAAUCGUUGUCCUUUUUUUUACUCGACUUUUCGCUUAUUAACGUUAUAUAGCGCGUACAACAAACAAUCCGUGAUGGUUUUUUUUUUUUUUUUUUAUCUCGGUUUUUAAUUUUCCGUUGUCUACUAUUAUUUGGGGUUUUGUGCCGAUUUACAUUACACAGUGUCAAUUCCACACGCGUAUGCAAUUGGGUUAAAAAUCAAUUAAAUUAACGUCGAAAUAACGGGUGACCGUAACGGUUUAUCAGUUAAAUUUUUUACUCCGAGUAAUUGUUUCUAAUUAAAUUGCACGUUUAUUUUAUUAGGUAUAUUUUCUAAAUAAUCGUAUCGAUACACAAGACCGUGGCGAUAUUAUAAUAAUACGAUAGAUACUGCGGCCAUUAACAUUUUCAUUUUUUUCGACCGUGAAAUAUUGUUUUGUCGGUAUAUCACUUAAAAAUUUGUAUACGCUACUGUUUUUAUGGUGAUUGUGCCCGUUAGCGCUGUUAUAUGGUCAUUCUAUUAUCGCGAUAGGAAUUUCGAUAAUUCAUAAAUUAUCACUUCUGAGCGGAGCGAGUUGGUUUCACAAUGAUGUUUAUCUUUUUUUGAAUAACUUUUCUACUAGAAAUUUCGCUCGGAUUUUGAAGUGUAGCACUUUUACAGAUAGGAAAUUUCACUGUGGUGAUACUUUAGGAGGUCAUUUUUUAGUUUUCCCGGGAGUUUUCAUAGUACAUGGGAAAACCCGGGCAAAUUUACAAAAUGUGUUAUUUUCAAAAUCGUAAACAGUACGGCCUUUCAAGACAUUUGUGACCGGUCUUCGCUCAGAAUCGUUUUGCAUUAGCAAACAUUAAUCGUUGCGUACAGAUAUAAAUUAAAUUCCUCUCUAUAAACUACCAUCCCGAUUUCUCACCUAUAACAGUGGCCCACUCUCGUGCGAUGUGUGUCUUUUUUCUUUUUACUUAUUGAUUUUUAAUCGAAUUGCUACUAUAGAAAAUUUAGUAUAAAUAGUACACAGCGAACGGUAAAAAUGGAAGUUUUCGCACGAACGCACAGAACAUAUCAAAAAUAUUAAUAAUAUAUCAUUCCACUCGGAAUGUGUUUUUGUCGAGAAAAGAAUUUCAUUUUCAUAGGUUACCCGCAUUUAUCAUAAUGCAGAUAUGUAUAUCAUUAUAAUAUGGACGGUGUAUUUUAUAGAACUAUACAAUUUUAUAAGAUAUCAAUAAUUCUUUUCUUUCUUUAGAUACUUCAGUUUUUUCGACUGCAGUCAUUGCCUGUUUUCCUUUUUACGUCUAUAUUUUAGGCCUAGGUCCCGGAGUGUAUGGGAUAAAGUCCGUUUUGUAUCCUUUUCCAUUUUACAAGUUUUCAUUCAAUUUUCCAGGUACGAUCCCUUCAAGAUGCUCGAGAGUAUAGUGGCGUCGAAUACGAUCGAAAGGUGUGACAGCAGUUACACCUUUUGUGUGUAAUGGGUGGUUGGAAAGUUAUCGUUGAUACCUACCCAUGGUUUGUAAUACUGCUGUGUAGUAUGUAAUGUACCAUUGUAGAUUCUGAGUGAAGCCGAUGAUGUUUAUUUUAUUUUCAUACUGUGUACAAAAUUUCUACUAGGAAUCUUGCUCCAAUUAAAACACAACAAGAGAUAUUUUUUGUUGAAUUUCGGCUCUAUUUGAUACUUUGGAAAGGUAUUUUUUGAAAAUCUUAGUAAUAUUCAAGAUAAUGACGAAAACCCGGUUCUUUAGGUUAAAAGAGAUUAAGAUUAAAAAUAAGGUUGUCAUUGGCAAUCGUUUUAUUAUUAUUUUUUGUUAUUUUAAUCUUUCAAUCUAUUUUAAACAAUCGUUGUUAGUUAGUGAAAACGCAAAUUGUUGAAAAAGCAAUACUAUUGACUGAACUCCGCUCACGAAUCGGUUUUUGUUAGUAAUGAUAAAUCGUUGCGUACAGAAAUAAAUUAAAUUCCCCUUUAUUAUCUUAUCUUCCAAACUUCUGACCUACGACAGUGGCCCAUCCUUGGUGCGAAGUAUGUCCGCUUGUUUUUUUAUUUUUUUUUAUCGUUAUACAAAACAAAUAAUACGACUAGAACGGUGGUAAACCGGUAAAGGUAACUGAGAUAUUUUUGAAAAGUAUUUGUAAAUACUUAUUAUAGAGUAGUCAAUAUAUGGGGGGUUUUUUUUUCAACGAUUUUGAGAAUAAUUAUUUUACGUUAUUAAUUAAUAAUUUUUUGUACCAAUCAAGAGUAACAACUCGAACAAAAAUAAAAUAAUUGAAUAUUUUGUUUGUCAGUUUAUGGAUGAAUAUAAUUUAUGUAAGUAAACAAUAAAUUUAUAUAAUAUAAAUGGGAUAAAUAUUUAUCUAAAGUUUAAAGGAAAAUAUUCACCAAUCGAAAGGAUUAAACAUCGGUAAUGGCAUAAAAGUAAUACAUAUUUAACAUCUAUACAAUAAAAUAGAAUGCCCAAUAUUGAUUAAGUCCAAGUCGGGUUGAAUCUAAUCCCAGACCUAAAUGUGACAAACAUUUAGAAAUAAACAUUAGAAUUUACAAAUGUACCCUCCAAAAAAUAUGUAUGUAAUUACUACUAUCCCAUCUAAUAGAGAUGAAAUUCAGGGUUAAUUUAAAUUCAACUUUCGGUAGUCCCUAUAUCGCCUUUUAGGGUGGUUCGGCGCCACCGUCCGAAGGAAUGACCGUUGUGAUUUUUAUGUUUUCAUAUGUUAUCAUUAUCUAUCACAUCGCAAUUAGUGCAAUUAAUUACAAUGUGUGCGAUAGAAUUUGAGUUAUAAAUUAAAUCAUGAUGGACAUUUUGAUUGAAUUGCAAUUUCUUAACUUAUUUUAAGUACGAACCUUGAUUAGGUUAAAUUAUUGUAGUAUUUGUAUUUCAUACUUCAUAUUAAUAAUACUAUCGCAAUCGGUAUUCGUCACGCGUGUAGUUUUGAUUUGUUUACAAAUGUUACUAUAAUGGCAAUACGAACGUGCUUCGUAAUGCUGCUCAUAACGUAAUUACAUUAUUAUAUUAUUAUGUUCUACUGUCGGUCAAAUAUUUUAUUUCUUAUUAGAUUUUUGUAAAUUCCGCGUAUAUCAUCACGGAAACCGGGAACUCCGGCACGUUCCUAAAAAAAUAUGUGCUUUGGUUUGUUUAUAAAUCGAAAAAAAACAUAUUAUUUUCAUUAGCGAAGACAAAUCCCGGGCCACUAGCUUUUCUUUCGAAAAUGUUAUAAUAACUGGACGUGAAAUAAAGUCCGAAAUUCAACUAACGGGAGAUCUCGCUUAUAAAUUGAAAUUUAAUAAUCCGUUUUCGAUAGACGAUUUCGGACUAGGACGUUGCGGGAAUCUAGUAAAAUUGUACAAACAAAGUAUAUACGUACAUAGGAAUCGGGUUGAAAAUCCGUUUCUUUCAAUGUUUGACGGGGUGAAAAUUUCGAAGGAUCUUAACCAUAGAUAAAACGAAAAAGUGAUCACUGAUUUGUAAAAUAAAUUUUUUUUUCAUUACGAUCUUCGAGACUACGAUUUUAGAAGAUUGGACGGUCGGUACACCGGUAUAUCAAACUCGGCCGCGUAGAGUGACAGUUUUAGUAACUAUUUAAUGGCGCGACGAACGUAACUUUGCGUGUUUGGGUGUUGAGUUGAAAAAUCAUUAUCAUAAUCGAUCCGAACAAACAAUAAUAAUUACCUGGGGGGAGGGGGGGUGGAGGAAAAAAUUUAAAUAAAACCGCCUAUCUAAACAACUGCGUAAUAUUAACACCGAAGAGAUAGCCAGCGUCCCUUCUAACAAGACCGCGGUCGAGACCGUCCUGCAAUAACAUAACGUCUUUAUCAAUUUGUCUCGCCGGCUAGUCACACUAUUAGAUGUCGAAAAUCAUAUCUAGCGAACGAAUUACACAUCAUAUUAACGGUAUAGUUUAGGACCGGACACCUACAUUUUUUUUUUUUUUUUUUUUUUUAAUCGGGAUUGUGCCCAUUAUCGCGUAUGCGCACGGUGUUGCUAGAUGGGAACUAUAGACAAUUUAUGUACACUACGCGUGUAUGUGUACCGAAAUAAUUUUCUGGUCCGCCGUCGCAGCACAGCCAGUCGCUAAUGAACCGCAGCCAAACGGAGCGCAAACAAUGGUUGCGGAGCAAGUGAUUUUUUUUUUUUUUUUUCCGAUUGACCAUUUUUUGUUUAGGCGUAAUGUGUAUAGGGGUACCCAUUACAGAGACAGGCGACAGCGGUCAAUUAUGCAUAACCGUCGUCUAUUACCUACAUAAUAUUUUGUGUACUGUAUACCACACGCAACUACCGUGCAAUAUUUCGUGCCGUAUUAUCAUAUUAGUAUUGUUAUCAUCACCAUCAUCACCACCAUCAUCAUCAUCAUUAUCGUUAUAAUAAUAUGUUAUCAUUAUAGCGUUGUUAUUAUAUCGCUAUUUGUUAUUAUUAUUGUACGCGUCUUGUACGCCGCCCCGCGUCGUGGCAUACAAUACCCGCUGUCGUAUUUGUAUAGCGGCGGAUUAACCGUAAGUCAGGACACAAGUCGUGAUGUAUUAUUUAACUAUCCUUGUGUGUAUACGUAUACGUGUUGCGGUCCACGUGGAAAAAUGGUUCGCUGUAAACACUGACCGGGCGUUGUACACAACGCGCUGAAUAUUCGGAAAACGUAAAUCAUAAAAAGAUACGGACAUACCAGAGGCGGGCCACUGUUGUAGGCGAGAAAUCGGGAAGGUAGGAUUUAAAAGGGGAAUUUAAUGUAUAUCUGUAUACGCAACGAUUAUUAAUCAUUGCCAACGAUUGUGAGCGGAGCUCGGUCAAUAGUAUCGAACAACGGCAUUCAACAAUGUGCGUUUUCGCUAUAACAACGGUUGUUUAAAAAAGAUUAAAAGAUCAAAAGAAUAACAACAUAAUAAUAACAAAAAAAAAAAAAAAUAAUAAUAAUAAUAAUAAAUCGCCUGCAAUGAAAGCGUCAUUUUUAGUCUUAAUCGUUUUAAACGAAAAGAACGAAGAUUUUCGUCAUUAUCUCGAAUAUUACUGAGACUUUUAAAAAAUUCAGAAACAUAAUAGUAUUGUCAAAAUUUCAAUUUUUAAUAUUAAUCAAUUCCCAUAAUGGAAAUACAUGCCAAAAUAAAUAAGUAUUUACCAUAUAUACAAAUCUAAUAUUUGUAUUAUUAACUACAAUAAGUACACACGCUAUGACAAAAAAAAAUCUAAUGUCCGCUGCAACAAAGCGAUUAGCGUCUAAGUUAUGCUCUUCUUAUUAGUCUCUUAUCAGUAUAAUUAUUGGAUCAUUUGGUUUGGAAUAGUCUCAUUAUACACACACAUAAUGCAUAUUUUUCUAACGUUUAUAUCGUUUUAAAAUACGAGUAAAGUAAUAAGAAACUAAAAUGUCACUAUUAUUAAAGUAAGAGAUACCCAAAUGAGGUUUUCAGCGAUAAAAUAAAUAUCAACUUAAAAUGUAAGGUAUAAGAAUUUUAAAGUUACUUCGCAUUACAUUUAAGUGUAAAUGUUUAUUCGUUUGGAUCCAGUAAUACUUGAUAAGGAUUGUUAUCGCAUAAUAAUGUGAUUUCACACUAAUGGUUUCUAUAACGUAAUUAUACGUCGAGAUUUGCGUUUACGCAGAUGAUUUCCAGUAGCGUGCGGAGGUCGGGACGUUAGGGGUAAUAUAUUUUUUAAUUAAUUAAUAAAUUAAUUUAGUUAAUCAAAAUGCCCGACAUGUUAUUGUUGUUAUAGACAAUUUAAAUAUAAUUGUGAAGAUUUCCGUCUUUGAAUAUUUUUUUCAAUUUGAAUUCAAUGAAAUUAUCCACGGAAACGAUAUUGAAAAUAUCGAUCAAAUAAAUAGAUACUAUAUUACCGACAUUGCACCUUUUAUUGUGUGCACUUAUACUGUAUAUCGAUUAAAAUGUUUGUUACUUUGGUAUUUUUGUAUUUCAUCAGUCCAUAUUGAAAACAAUGAACACAAUAUAGAAGGGCCUAGUGUCGUCGAUCGUUGCACCGUCAUUGCAUCUGCAAGGUGAUUCCUCUAUAUCGUGAAGUUUGACAUCGAAUUUGCAUCUUAUAUCGUAUAAAUUUGAUUUUUUUUUCUUUUAUUGUAUCUCGUUAUAUUAUAUUGAAUCGUUUUAUGAGACGUAUUUAGAGAAUAUUUUCAAAUUUCUACACUUGUUCCGUGCGAUAAACACGUGGCAUAUCAAAACUGUUACGCAAUAACAAUUUUUCGGCAAAAAUAUCUUCAAAGUUGUUUAUAACGAUAUGAGUGCGUUAUUUUAGUGUAAUAUUGUAAUAAAUAAUCUUAAAAACACACGAAUAGUGAUAAAAAAAAAAAAUUAUAUAAAUUAAUUUCCAAAUAUACAUGACGUUGAAAAUGUAAUAGGUGCUUACGCAAAUAAAAAACAUAACAAUCAUGCGGUAUGUUCAUUUUUUUAUAAAAACCCGAAAAAUUUGUUUGUGAACGUCCGAUCCGUUUACUUACUUUAUAUUAUUCGUUUUAUUUUGUACUUUUUAGCUUGGGAUUACGGUUGAUGAUGGGUGAAUUUCCUGUUGAGAGAGCACUCGAACAUCUGAUCAAGGAGUCGACUCACGGAUGGCGGAGAUUGAAUUGUGAUCGGCUCUUCCCCAGGUAUGUAUAUUUAUUUAGCGAUUUACAUUAUUAUAAAAUAGUAUAGAAUUUAAAACCUUGUUGAUUUUUUAUCGUUGAAUGCGAAUAGACCAUUUGAGUUUAACAUCAUAACGCAACAAUGAGACCUAUGCAAAAUGGAAGUCCACAGGACCCGAAAAAACUGUAUGUUUGUCACAGGUUUCCGUUUUCUUAAAUCAUAAGCGUGUUAAACACGUGUAAAAUUCAACUUGGGUACCAUUCAAAUUUCCGUCUUCCGACCGAAUUUAUUGUUUACUAGUUUAGGAUGGUUGCAUAUUAGCAGUUUUUAUUUAGUUGGUGUAUUGAGAAGGUCAACUUUUUGAUUUUCAUUGUUGUUUUCUUAAAAAAAUGGGAAAGACUGAAAAUUCAUUGCAUACUUUUUGUUAAUUUACUGGGCAACAAGGGAAAAAAUAUAUCUAAUAUAUCUGUGCUCAGAAUCGUUUUUUAAGUAAUGGUAUAUCGGUACGCACAGUAGUUAGUAAUUGAUUUUCGAAUAACGGCUAUAUCAUCAAUAUAGGUACUUAUCAAAUCGGUAGAAAAACGUCCGUAGAUUUUGGUUACACAAUAUAAUAUAUUACCGAUCAUUACUAUGCUUAAACGAACCCGAUUUAAGAAAAACAAUACUGACCUCGUUAUAACAUCAUUUUAUAUGGGAUACAGGUACUACAAAAACACAAUUAUUAUUAUAAUCUUUAUUGCUUUUAAAUAAUUAUAACGGUUUAUUAUCGGGAUUUUUAAUAUUUUUAAUGUAUUUUUAAUGAACAAAUUUAAUGUUUUUCAAUAAAAAAUUUAAAAAAAAAAAAAAAAAAUAGUACUCUAAAUUUGUUAUUCUUAAUAAAUUAUAUAAUUAGUAUGCAUAUUGAAUUUUCGAACAGUAAAAUGUAAUGUUCUUAAAAUAUUUUAACGACACAUUACGUCAAUAAUAUGAUUAUCUAAUGAUUCUUUUCAACGUAAUUUUAAGAUAAUAUGUAUAAAAAGUGAAAAUUCUUGUACGCUUACACGCUUAUAGUUAGUUAGGCAUACAUUAUUAUAGGCAGGCAUUAUUAUAAGAAACCGCUACUAUUUUGCAAAAUGUUAUUAGUUUUUAAUAAACAACGCACGUGAUGUGUCAUGUCGCGACUAACGGGCCAAUCUCACUUCAUCCCGUUGCAUAGUUAAGUCGUUCUUACCACCAUCGUCAUAAUAAUAUUACCUACAAGGUAUAGUGAAAUUACUGCAAAUUAAAUCUCACGUCAAUUUUUGAUUUUCGACUAAUCGAUCGGCACGGUUAUUAUACGAUCUGUCCGUCGUAUCUUACUGUUGGUGAUUUCGUUGUAUCGGAUAAAUCGGGAGUAAAACCAUCAUAUGCAAUGCAUAAACUGCAUAGGUACUGCAUGUAUAUUGUAUACUCAUAGUUACAUAUUUUUCAACGGAUACUCGUCUGGAGAUCAUACGUACCACGGUUUUAUGUGAAAGUGAAGAAAUGAUAUAUUUUUUUUUUUUAUACAAUUAAUGUGUUGCUUUUUCCGUAAUUGUAUGUUUCAGACCGAUGAUGGCAUUAUAGAUAUAAAACGUUUUUUCAGUUUUAUUUGCAAACUAAAAAUGGGUUUUUUUUUCCGGUAAAAGGGUUUUAUUAAAAAAAAAAAAAUAUUCUAAAUAGACUCGUGCUGUUAAACGAAAUGUCACGUUUUUGUUGUAUUUCAGUGGCCCAAAUAAUAUUUCUAUAGUUUAAUGCAUUGCGUUCAACUACAAGUUUAACUGCAUUUUUCGACAUUUUUAAUGCGUGUUUGGUACUCAAAAAUAAUAUCAUUUAUGGUAUAGCCGUACCUAUACGGCUAUACCAUCACGAUAUCACGACAUGUUAUAUUAUGCAAUAGUGUUCCCAUUAAUUUUUUUGUAGUACCCAAACUGUUUAUAGAGGAGUAGAUAUCAGAUUAUAUAAAAAUUUAAUUGAAAUUAUCAACAGCAAAGGUUUUUGGGCAAUUGGCUUUUGUUUAAGAAGAAAAAAAUGGAAAUUUAAAUUAUAUAAUAGUUUGUGCGAAAAUUGUUAAAAUAUGUGAUAUAAACCUUAAAUCAAGUCUCUAUAUUAAUCUUAUAACUACGAGGUUAGAUUAUAUUUGAGAUAUUCUCGGAAUCAGGUCUCAAAAAAAGUACUAUACAUUGUAUUUUCGUAAGAAAAUUGCGAAUCCGGUUAAUUAUAAUUACUAAAAUACAAUUCGCGUAUUACUAGUAUAGUUUUAGUAGAGUCAGGUUAUGGGUUAUGGAGGCCCGUGGCUAAAGACUAAUAAGACUAAUAAGCAAAAAAAAAAAAAAAUGGUCAGGUCAGCAAAAGGGUCGUAUGAUGUUCUAAUAUUCGAAUAAAAGCAAAAAAAGGCCAUCAACAAAAACACAUAUUGUGUAGCUCCCUUCAACCGGGGCUAUGGACCCCCCUAAGCUCCUUUCCUCCUAUCCAGCCCUGGAUUUUAGAGGGAUGCGUGACACGAACGGGCAAUAAUACUAACCUAUCGUAGCGUUAUGGUUUUUUUGGAAAACUAUUUGAGAGUAUAUCUGUGAUUUUUCAUCAAUAUGUUGCGAGUAUACGGCGUAUAAUUAUGCGGAGUAUACCCUAUGGGAACACCGCAUAUUGAAAUAACAAAACGGUUAUAGGUUUAUAAUGGUGAAAUUCUCUUCCCUCCUCCCUCCCAAAAAAAAUAAUCGCAAAUUGCUUACAUACGAUGUUCGUAAAAAACGUGGCUUAAUAUUGGAAAAAAAAAAAAAAAAAAAUUAAAAAAUAACACGACGACAGCUGUCACGGUGUAGUUAUAGACAAUUUUCGGGUGUUACAUUUUAUUUUCCGUGGAUACGCGACCUUACUCCGCGCCCGCGCGUUAUUUUUUCCAUUAAUGGACCGCAGUACUUUCACUCGGGCUUAUUGAUGACCAGAUCUCUUGUUGGCGCAUCCACUACGGCCGACCUUAUUCCAAUGGUCACGGAACCUUUAUAAUAAACAUUAGCGCUCGGUAGAUUUAUAUGUGUACGUAGGUUCCCAUAUCAUAUAUAUCUGAGUAUAUACACAAUGUUCACGAAAAUAACGUCGAUAAAAUUGAACCGGAAUAAUGAGGCGAUACAACAAUAAUAAAAUACGACGCGAGCUAAAUACAAAAAAAAAAAACCCCCGAGUAAACACAGACGAAUUAACGAUUGUUUACGUGCAUUAAAAAUAUAAAAAAAUAUAUAUAUACAUAUAUUAUAUUCUAAGUGGUUCAGUCCUUUCUGCUGCAACGGAGAAAGCUGUCAGAUCGCUGUAUAUGUUAAAAAUAUACACGUAAACCCGGUCGACAGUAUCGAAUUAUAAUAAUAUUAUAAUAUAAAAGAUUAUUGUACUACGAAAUACUUUUUUUUUUUUUUUUUAUAACGCGCCAUUAGUCUGUGGGCAUAAACAUUUAAAAUUACAUUAUUAUUAUUCGCUACUGUUAUAAUACUACGAUCGAGUCCGGCACAAUAAGAUUUUAAAAUUAUUUUUACUCGAAUAAUGCAUAUUAUUAUAGUUACGGGUAUUAAAUUGCAUGCAGUGCAGUGUUAUUAUUAUCGCGCGUAACCGAUUAUAAUCAUUUUAUCGAUCACUAUAAUAUCAUAUUAUACUCUGUGUCCACUAUUUUUUAGUAUUGUUAUUAUUUUUUUUUAUUGAAAUGCAUAUGUUCUUCAUCUUCUUCCCUAGUCCAACAGCCCUUCAAGAGCCCUUAACCGUCGACACAACUGUUUUCCGAUCCGCCUCUAUCUCUGUAUAACACAUUCUUCUCAAUCAAUACGUUUCCCAUUCAUUUCCGAGUCUUUAAUUCCGUCCAAUCAACGCUUCCCGAGCAAAGCCUCUGGCCAUUUACUCGUUUCAGUCACUAUAGCCGAUCUGAUUCCGUCUUUUUUUUACCCGCGCAUUUAACGUCUAAAAAAUUGUGGUAUCUCCGCCCUUUGAUACGAUUUGCAAUGUAGGCUUCCCCGACGCCAUUGAAAAUCACUCCACAUAUUGACCUCAAUAUUUUCUUUUUAAAUGUGAUUAAUUCCCGUGUCGAAAAACUCACAUUUUCUUAUUUUUAAUCAACUCUAUGUAAUACGCCUUAACGCCAUAUUUUACAAUCGAGCACAAAAUAUAGUUGUGUACUUUAGAGUGAUUGAUAUAUUUUAUUUCGUUUGCAUAUCAAGUUAUGUUAAAAUAUUUCGUUUUAAAUUCAAAAAGAAACAUUUUAUACAGUAAAAAAAAAGUUUAAUUGUACAUAAAACGAUCGUUAAAGCUGUUCGAAAUGUUCCAAUAAUUAGAAAAAAAAAAAUGCACUUUCCAUUUCUCAGGUUCUUCAUCAUGACGUAUUCGUUGUAAUUUUAACUUGUUAUUAAAAACGUACGCAUAUGGCUUUGAGGUUUUCCUAUGCAUGCAGUUUUCGAUAUGAUGUCAUUUAAAUAUUGUUAUUGUAAAUUUUAAAUUGUUCACUUCCGGAUCAAAAGUGAAAUCAUCCGCCGUAAAGUACUUAUAAUGAUUUAUAUUUAAAAAUUUUCACAUGUAAAAAAAUAUAUAGGUAGGCAUCAUUUAGUUUUCAUUUCAAAAUUAAAAACGAAUACGCUGGUUUCGCUUUCUACGUUUAAUUAUUAACCUACAUGUGUAAUAUGAAAUCAAUUUCGUUUCAUAUAAUAAUUCACGUUUUUAUAUAUACUCGUGUAUUAUUGUUAUUAUGAUAAAUGACGUUGUAAUAGAAAAUUGUCGAGAGGAGGAGAAACGAUGAAAUAGUCAUCGUCCAUCGGGUAAGCAAAAGAAAAAAGCGACAAUAGGUUAUUGGAGGAAAUAUAAAGGUAUGCGGGCAGGGGCGUCGUGUACACGGGGGCCUGGAGCUUCUACCCCUUCAUGAGCUUGAUGAAACAGAGUUCAGCUUCUCACGGUUCUUACAUUAUAAAAAAAAAAAAAUCAAUAUUUGUCAUGUACAUUCUUAAAACACUAAUUUUAUUUGUAACAAAUUAAUUGAAAAAGAUAAACGUUUAAUUUUUUUUGAUAUUGAUAGUAGAAAAAAAGUGUAGAUUGUUUUGUGAUUUUUCAUGAUUCCAAUACUAUUCAAAUAUUAUAACACGCACAACAACAAAUAACUAUAUUUUAGUAUUUGUUUAACGAAAAAUGUAAAGAAAACAUGUUAAGAUUCAGGUAAAUCUGUUUAUGCGUGUUUAUAAAACAUUGAGCCUCCCAUGACAUUUUAAAACCUGGCGCAUCUGUAUGCGGGUUAUAUGAGAGUGCGGCGAUGGAUACAAGGGGAUGUGGAGGACAAAACUGAGAUAAUAGUAUUCAGUUGAUAAAGGUGAACGGAAAGAAUAAAAAUAUUAUUUAGAAAUACACAAAUAUUAUUAUGUACGACCUUGGCAUUGUGAGAUCAGUAGGACAACAUUUCUGUAGUUCGUUAUGCAUUCUCGGAGUAAUAAUAUAUUAUAUUCAAGGUUGGUGUUCUUUGGUCCGGUACCUACCUACCUAUAUAUAAUAUAAUAUUAUAACUGUUUCGGUCAAUAUACUCGUCUGUAACCUGUAUAUUAUACGUUUUGGUAGUACUAUCGUACAGGUAUAUAGGUAUCAAAAGAAAAACAAACGCGACGUAGGAAAUAAUAAUAUAAUAGCACACGUCUAAAUGAAAAAAAAAAAAAAAAUAAACUACUUUUUUCAGUUACCAACUCAGAAACCCCAUUGUACUUGCUGCAGAAAGCCGUACGAAAAUCAUAUCAAUUGUUGGCCGUGGUAAUGGUAAUUACACUAUACAGGUACGAGUACACACUCACGAUGUACGAGUGACAAACGCGUGUACGCAAUACAGAAAACAAACAGGAACUGUGCAUUAGUUGCCGUUCCUUUUUGCGACAACGAUACGAUUGUGAUAAUAACAGUCGUCCAAUAUAAUGUUUUCGGCACCUACUUAUAGUUAUUACGUAUGUAUCACCGCAUCAACGGGUUUCGGACGCACCACGAACGUGUAUUUAUUUAAUAGUUGGCACACAGCACGAGUCCAUAUUGUGUCAUAUUGACGACAAGUAUUUUAUUAGGCAUCAUUGCAUCAAACUGUAAUAGUGUUUUUUUUUUUUUUUUUUUUUCCGGGCUCUCGGUCAUUAGGACCACACUGCCAAGUAAAAUACUCACCGUCCAUCCCUAUUUGCCGCAGCUAUCCUCCACGGCGCAUCUGGUCGAAUCCUUCCCACGCCCACUUUCCCACAAUCUUUCCUACAAAGUCGUUGUUUUCACAGUGCAUGCCUCUUGCCAGUCGGGUUUUCCUCAACGGUUGUUCUAACAAUGGGACCUACUUUCCGCCACACGUGCUAUGCCGUUGUAAGCCACUAUUUUUAAAAAUCUUUUUUGCGAUAUCCCGUCUUUGGAACAGUUCUUCGAGUUUAUGUUUUUCACUAUACUCCCGUGUGGGUGUCGAUACGAGGGCCAUAGAAUAUUUUACUAUCUCAAUUGGAGUAAUUUUUACUGUUUGUGAAAUUAAUCAACUCGAAAUGUUAUCUCGAGAAAUUCUGUUUUCGUAGUCUUUUAUAGGUUUUAUGGGUAUUUUCCAUCCGAACUAAUAUUGUCAAUCGUUUUAUUUAUUAUUAUAAUUUCUUUUUUUUUUUUUGGGUGCUCUACGACAAUGCAUUCCAAUUUCCAAGGAUAUAAUUCGAUUCUCGUGUACUCGCACGAAAAUCGUUCUAUAGAGUAUACCUACACAAUAUUAUAAUAUUAUUAUAUCGCAUGUUCAUUGAACCAUCUUUAUAGCAAAUACCUACCUGUAGAUUAUAACGGAUAACAUAUUUCUAUUCAAAUUGUCAGCUAUUCAAUGCGGAGGCUUCACUGGGUAUUUUAUUUUUUUUUCGAACUCAAUUAUUUAGGUAUCGGCGUAGAUUAUUUUGGCAUCUAAAAAAUAGUAAAUACGUGUUAAAAAACGACGCUAUACCUAUAUACUUACGAACUGUUUGCGUGUACCGCCUAGACUUGACUGAGGCCAAUUCUGUCUAGUUUGUUUCACAAUUAUUACUAUACAGAAGAAGAAAAAAAAAAAAAGGAAAUGUUUAUUUGACCGAAAACUUUCCUACGUGGGUAUAGACCAGUGCAGAUCGUUCCAGUUUCGGAUGAAUAAAAUUCUUCGUAAUUGACGUUGGCUGCAGCAGCUUGACAAAACUCGACAACGUCCGUGGUGCGAAACAACCGCGUGCUACAUAAUUGUUUUUGUUUUGUUAGCUAACCUAUAAGCCGACUUAUAUCGGUUUAUUCGAUGGAAACCAGUGUGUGCGUUUGAAGCUCAAUACCCUAGAAAUCGUUAUUUUCCCGUUUAUCCGUACAGAACGACGAGACCGGUAAAAUGUUAUUCUAUUUCAGAUUGUGAGCAGUCUGAGGGCCGUGUUGAUUUUACAACGACUGCUUAAAUUUAUGAAAAUUUGUUGUAUUUUUUUUUUUUUUUUCUGAUAACUGGGAAAUAUCGUUACAAUUAUACAUUUAAUGUAGCAAAAACAUAAAAAAAUAUAUAUUGCAUCGAACUCCGCUCAGAACCGUUUUGUAACUGUUGUAGUAUGUUCAGAAACGAAAAAAUAGAAGAAAAUAUAAACACUCACACGUGUUUUAGUACGUACCUGCUUCAACAGUUUUAAAAGGUUUGAAAGUUUUGGAAGUAUGCGUGAUAACCGAUGCGGAUAUUUCACAUGACUAUAGAUAAAUAUAUAUAUUAGUCUGAGAACAAUAGACGAAAAAAACAUUUCGAAUUUUGGUUCUUCUGAUGCAUGACUUCGGAAAUGCGUGCAAUAUUGUUUUUCGUAUUUAUCAACGAGACCAUCCGCGCAAAAUCCUAAACAUCGACCAAAAUAAUUAUUUGAUCAUUUUAUUACUUAUAUUAUUACAUGUUUAGUCUGCAGGGCAUAGAAUAGUUGACGGAAAUAAAAAAUCACGGUCUAUCGUGUGUUGACACAGUAAAACAUUUUUGCACUCAUGUGAUUUUGAUAUGGUUAAUAAUAUAUUAUAUGGUUUCUAUAAUUUUCCCCGACAAACGGAAACAGCGUUUUCGUGAGACAGUAGCCGAACGGAUGUCGUUAGCAUUGACGACGUUAAUUUCACUUUCGUACAAUACCCGAGUGAAGUAUGUGGAAAAUUACAAGAAAUCAUUUUUGAAAAUAAUAGCACAAUUAAAGAAAAAAAAAAAACAAUCUACUUCACUAAUCUACUGUCUAUUUAGGGGGAAGGGGCACGGCCGUAUUUCGGAAGGAAAUGACUUAGCGGGAAUAGGGAUAACUCAUAGUCAACAUAUUUUCCUAUCAUUUCUUUUGUUUUUAGUUUAUACGUAUACAAUAACAUUCUGUACGUACUACAUUGAACUCCCGAUAUUUUAUUUGAUUUUAAACAAUGGUAUGACAAAAUUAAUAAAAAAAAAAGUUAAAAAUGUAUCUUUUAUUUAAAAAAAAAAUACGCAUUAUACAAUUCUAAAUGAAAUUGUUGAAAAACCGAGUUCAAUGUGAUCUGCGCACAGUAACCUAAAACAAAAAAUCACACAGCCCAACACAUAUUUUGGUGUUGGGCAUUUUUAAACAGAUUUUCUGUGCGUCUCGUGUGCUGAAAUCGAACAUGACGUCAGUUUUCGCCCAUCACCUGUUGCUUUUAAGUCACGGCAGUAGCAUAAUGAUAUACAUUAACACGUAAAUUUGACGAAAGGUAUGGGUCUUGAUUAAAAAAUAAUUUCGUAUUAAUAAAUUGUGUAAAGUAUUUCAGUAAAUUGAAAAAAUGAACAACAUACCUGCAAAUAUAUAAUAGUUUAAAAUGAACAAUUUAUGUGCAGAAUCAUUAAAACAAAAGAAAAAGUAAUUUUGUUCAACUGUAAAAUGUUCUUCUGUCGAAAUUCUUGAGUGUACUAUGUUCACCCAUUGCCUUUGCAGAUUCCAACACUAAUCUGUUAUCAUAUAAAUAUGCCAUCUACCUUGGUAUUUUUCAUUAUUUUUAGAAUAAAAUUAUUUUAGAUUCUGGUGAAAUCGUUCACCUUGUUCUUUUCUGGUAUCACCAAGAUUUUCCAGAUGGCUGUGUAUGUAAUGAACCUUUGUACUCAUAUUGCAAGCCAAUUCUCGGAAGUUGCUAAGCUUCGUUUCCACUAAUUCAAUAUAGUUUUCAGUUUUGUGGUUUCCCAGAAAUUUCUAGACAAUAAGAACUAAUGUGCCAUCCACGUUUUGUGUUCUGUCAUAUUCAUAGAAUGGACAAAAUCGGUAUCAUUUUUGAGCUGUCUGAUUUGAGGACCGUCCAAAAUUCCAGCUUUCAGUUUUUCUGAAAUUAAUCCAGGGAUUUUUUGUUCUGUAUAUGCAAAGCGAGGACUAUAGUGGUCAAGAGCUUUCAUGAACUGUUUCAUUAAAAAUUAAAUUAAAAGAAAUUAAAUCCGUUCACGUUGCAUUUAUUGCGUAUAUUGGAUAUUCCAAUCUAUUUUAAAUUUGUAUACACUUGACUAUGUAUUACACACGGUUGCUUUUUUUUUUUUUUUAACGAUAACGUAAAACGAAAUGUCGGGUAAUUGAGUUUCUGCUAUAUACCUUAGUAAUAGAUCGUAAUUUACCCACGCCGAAACUCAAAAGCUAGAGUUGUUCGUGAAAAACGGAUGCCAUAUUUAAAAUCAGAACUAAAAUUAUCUGAAAUCAGACUAUUGUACAGUUUUUCCGGUAAGGUAUGUUUUUGAUCCAAAACAACGCGUUGACACCGGGCCCCUUAAUACCAACAAUAGUUUAUCACGAACGAAAAAAAACAUUGUUAAUAAUUCCAACGAUUCAUUGCGAUAUUGAACAAAUUGUAUAUUAUAGUCUAUUAUAGUUCAUCUUGUUACCUGUUUUAAUAAUUUUAAAUUUCAAUUCAAUUCGCUCGAAAUAUUUAUUUAUUCGAAUAAUAAUCGUUAUAAUCUUAUUAUCGUUUUUGUUACGAUACUCAGUGGCCUGGCUGGGAUUUAUCAAUAAGUGGAUUUAGGGGGUUAAGGUUUUAGGGAUCUAUAACCUUUUAACCUUACUUGUAACAAAAAAAAUCUUUGGUGGGGUUGUACUCGUGAUACCUAUCACUAUAAUCACACUAUUUUAAAUACAAUUUAAUUUAAAUUAUUCCAAAAUCUAUUGGGAUGUCUUUUGAGAUCUAUCGUUUAUUAUUUUUUUUUUUUAAUAUUUUUUACACUGAAAAACUGUGCCAUGGAUUUUAAAUUUUUCUUCAAUGAUUCGCUUUUCGUUCGACGCCGUUACAUCCAAUUUCCAAGAACGUAAUAUUAUAAUGUAUAGUACUGUCAAAGGUUUCAAACAAUCUAUUUAAUUAUUUUUUCUUAAAAUAACCUUUGAUUUUAAUGUCGAAUGUUGAAUUUGUUUGUGUAUAGGAUAACAAAUUCGGUACCGGUUUAUUCCGUUGAUAAUUUUUUUCAUACGUACUAUUCGUUUUCCUGUUAUAUUUCGUGGCACAUAGCCAGGAUUAGUUUAUAUUAAUAAUUUUACAUGUAAAUAUGUUAUACUUGUUAAAAUGUAAGUAUCUACGUCAUUUCGCAAUGUAUUUAUGGAAUUUUUCAUGCUGAAACGUUGAAAUGUUGUUCGUCGCAAUAUCAGUUUGAAUAUGCCAAAAGACAUUUAAAUUCGCUACCUCGCGCUCCCUAAGGAAUACGAUAAAACCGCUGCACCAAUAUGGACGCAAUAAAACUUUUGAUCCGUCGAUCCCGCGUAAUAUAUUAUGUUAUUUUCCCGGAGAUCAGGUAAACGGUUCUUUUGAAGUUCAAGAGGGGGAAAAAAAUCCAAUAAAAAACUAAAAAUAUAAUAGUAUACCAUGUCGGUUAUAUUUAUGGUUUUUCUGACGACAUACCCGUUUCAAUUCGCUUCAUCCGAGAUAUCGGAGAAUUUGACAAAAAAUUACGCGACGUCUAAAAUACUAUUUGGGUUUUAUUCGAUCCUAUCAGCCAUAAAGUCAUCCGCGUACGCAUAAAACAUUCACAUCGCUUUUAUCCCGUCCGAAACGCGCGUUUUCUUCGUGAAAUAAAUAUUUAUUUUCGUUUAUAUAAAAUAUAUACCGAUAACCGGAACGCUCGACUUACCUCGCACGGUAUCUAAAUCGAACAAUAUUUUCGUAAACCGUUUAUUACACCAUUGUUCGACAAUUAUUCGAAAUUUCAAGCCCCGUAAGGGCAGUGACAAUAUGUUGUCGGUAUUGUUGAUAUGUUGAAGGUUCGGGUUAAACAUUGUUUCGGUAUACACUUCAUAUUAUAUUAUUGCAAAUAAAAUUUGCAUUAAUUGCGUUAUUGCGCGAGCGCGCCGCGUUACAUUUUAUCAACAAUGAUUAAAAACAACAGAGUUAAAUAUUAAUGCGUAUGUAUGGCCCUUAGCGAUAAAAUGUUGUUUUAGCAAAUAAUUUAAUACGUAUAUUUCGUCGUCGUCGUUUAUUUAGCUUUUGCAUUAUAAUAAUAUAUAGGUGGACGAUUUUCUACGUUAAAAUAACUCGUGUAAAAACAUAAACUAAUAAAUAUUUUAUAAAAAUGAUUAAUAAUUAAAAAAAAAAAAAAAAAAACGCCGAAAAUAAACGCUGAAAAUGUGUUUUGUAGAAUUGUAAACAGUUAAGAAAAAAAAAAAAAAUAACGGCGGAGGCGAUCCGUCGGAUCGAAUCUUUGAAAGCCGUAUAAAAAAAUACUAUACUCAUCUGAAAUCAAACGGUUACAAUAAUAAUUUAUGAUUCCGAAUCUCGUUCGACCCAGCAAAACUAUAGACAGACCGAUAGAAUUACCAUCAGUUCGAGAAAUCGACGGGACCGUCACAUUGCCAUUGAAUCUCGUUUCAGUUUAAUUCCGAUUCAAGGUCGUGAUUUUAUAAUAUGGAUAAUGAUCACUCACUACUCGUAAUAUACUAGAUUUUUCUCUUAAUUUCUAAUACAUAUGGGGGUUAUUUUUUUUUUUUAGAAAAUUUUAUUUUUCCUCUCGACCAUUGUUAUACGCACCGUACCAGCAAUACAAUAUGACGUAUACGCUACGGUAAACGUUGUAAAAUCGGUUUAUGUCGUUAUAUUUAUACUUCAUUGUAGAUGAAAACCAAUUGUGUGCUGUUAGUUUUAACAUUAGGGCGCAUCCGUCGAUUUUCAAUCCAAUACGUUGUCUAUGUAUUUUAUAAUUUAGGUUUUUUUUUCGAUAUUUUAAUUUUCAAGCUAGUUACGAAUAUAUAAAACUUUAAAAUCAUUCUGUCUCGUUUAAAAAUUUAAAUAUCGAAAAAAAAAAUAAAACCUACGUGUAAAUACAAACAAUAUUUUAAGUUUGAUAACAGUCCAACAUUAUACUCUAACAUUAAAAUUGACGGCACAACAUAGGUCAGUAUGUAAACACACCUAACAACAUUAACCGAUUUCGCAACAUUUACCGCAACAUAUUAUAUACUAUUUAAACACAAAAUCCGAAUAUUUCCUUUAAACCAUUUCGAUUUCGAACGGUUAAGUUGUUUAAAAGUUGUUUAAAAGUUAUAAGGACUAUAUAGCAGCUGUUUUCAAUGAUUAUUGUUUGAACGUGUUUUGCUUGAAAUUUAUCAACGCAAAUCUUGGUACAACACGUACCUAAUAUUACUGGACGUUCCUCAUUGCCCUUAAUAUAUCGUAAAAUACGCCUCGGUCAUUCGUAAUAUUGUUUAGUCUCGAUUUAUAAGUCUGUAAUUUGUUUGAUUUUACUAUGUGUUUUUUUUUUUCAUUUUUUUCUGUCUGUGAAGAAAUUUUCUGUCAGAAAACUUGCUCCGAAGUAUAGAUUAUAGCACCUUUUCUGAAAGGUAAUUGACUAUAGUCGGUACAUUGGUACAGUGAGGUAAUUUUUUGAUUUUCCGAGGGUUUUUUUUUUUUUAUAAAGUUUGUGAGUUGAAAACCGCGAAGAGAAAUAGUUGAUGAUAAAAUGCGUAUUAUAGUCAGUGUUCGUUGUGUGGCCGGUAGAAGAAUAUCGUACGAGAAGGAGAAGAUAAUAUCAGGAAUUUAAGUGGUGUGUUUUUUUUUUAUGAGACACCGUUCAAUGCGAUUACUAUAAAUUAUAAUAUUAUUAUGUGACGAUCCGACGGCUGCAACGCUGUAAAUGCUGACGACUGCAUUUAAAUAAUGCAUUGGAAACCGGUUUGAAUUACUAUCCGCUUACCAAAGUGUUUUAUUUUAUUGAACUGCGGCAAUGCCUAUGUCACGCUCAUAUAAUAACAUUUCCUGAUACGUAGGUGUAUCGAAUUUUUCCUUUGUCAAUAUUAAUUCGCUUACGAUUAAUUUUGAAAACGAAUGUUUUUUAUUUUCUUUCAUAAAUUGGACAAUUACUAUUUGACAUUGCAAUAAUACAUCGCCAUUACAAACGAUUAUGCAUAAUAUUAUAUUGGUUAGCCGGGAAUAGGACGAUGAGCACUGCAGUCGUGGACGACCGACGAACCAGCAAUUACAACACAUCGUCGAAUAUUCUUUAUUAUUAUACGAAUCGAGAAUACUCAAUCAGAGCGUUUCCGAUAAUCCAUAUAACACACACUGCAGUCAGUUAUCCGCCGGGCAAUAAAUUAUUAUUUGUUUGCCUGCUUACCGAGCGAAUCUCUGUCAUCGGGGUCGUGAUGAUACUGUAUUUUCCUUCGCGGGCCAGCAAGGUUAACGCGAUCGACUGGGUCCGGCGCAGUAUUAUUGCCGCCGUCGAGCAAAAUCGAAAGGAAAUAGAGCAAAUCGUUUUGCAGGCAUCGGGUACUCUCUCCGCGCGAUCCACUGACUACACACCGACAGCGCCGUAUACCCGUGUGUCAUAAAUACGUAUACAACAAUAUCAUCUCGUGCAUGUCCCUGUAUUAUAAUGUAUAUAGUAUACAAAACGACGUUUUAUUGUACGCACGGUAUUAUUAUUUUUUCGUUUAGUAAUAAACCGUAAUUAAAUUAUUAUUUAUACGUUUCUGUCCUACCGUAUAACACGAGACGACCGAACAAAUCGCAAUGAUAUAAUAUAUGUUAUACUCUAACUACUCCUGUGUAUGCAGGUUAUUUGUGUAAAAACUAGCCGUGCACAUUGCCGAAUUUUCGCGGUCACUGUAAUGUAAUAAUAUGCCUAAUAAUACCUGGCCGCGAUUUUAUAAACCGAAAUGAUUGCUGUAACAAAUAAUCGAAUGACGAAUUUAUGCGAGAACACUUUGCAAAACGAAAAGGGGAAAAAAAAGAUAACACAUUUUUUAUCAAGCUUAUCGGAUUGGAAAAAAAAAUACCGUCAAUAAGAAACGCGGAUAAAUUGUCAUGCCUUCAUUUUUGAUAAGUCUUAUCAAAGUGUAUCAUAUAACUAAGUCGUUACGGAUUUUAUAAUGAGUUAAAAUAAUAAACGAUUAUCGAACUCCUCAGAUUAACGAAUUGCGCAUAGGGGAAAACGUCGUCUAGAUUUGUAAAGAAUUUAUAAACAGGGUUGGACUAUCUUAUAAUGACAGCCCGGGAAAUAUUUAUUCUACCGGCCCUAAAAGUUGCACAGCGGCCCAAUUCAGGUUAUUGCUUUCUAUUGUUAAUAUUUUCUCUCGGAAGUGUCCUCACUAACAGAUAAUUACGUCCAAACGAUAGUUUACGUCCUACCUCCUUUGACAUUAUAAUAUUACAGGCCCUCUAAAAUAACCUAAUGCAAUUCUUGACGGCAUAUUAAAUGCACCUCAAUAGCGUACAGCAAUCCCAGACGGCUUAUUGCCAAUUUUUCGAAACUAUUUUUCAGGAACUUAACGGAACCGCUAAAUCAUAAUCUAAAUUAUCUUGUGUUAAAUGAGACUCAUUAAGUCACCUAUUACGGUUAUUCACUUAUCCCAACUGACCUUACCAGAUUUGCCUAACUCAUUUUUAUUGAGGCUUACUCGGAGAUUUCUCGGUGUCCCGGUGACCUAGUCCAGUCCUGUAAUGUAAGGCUGGAAUGGGCUGGACGUGGACGUCUAGCGGACUAUACACCGAAAAGACUUGUGAGCAAAGGGUCGUAGGGUUCGAGAAUUAACUUGUAAUUGAGUUCACUCAUUCUCGAAGAGAGAUGAACUGGAGCAUAGCAUAUACUAAUAUAGGAAUAGAGAAAUAUGGAAAAAUCGUAUAGUUUUAACAGCUAAAGGUUUAAAUUGUCUGCAAAGCGAAAUAAAUUACUAUAAAUAUGUUUACCUACUUACUGUAUCAAUACAUACCUACUAUAAUUACAAAAUGCUGUUAGUUGUCGGGUGAAAAUUAGUUUUUCAAAUAAACACCAACGAAAUAUCUCAAGUGGUAUCUCAAGGGUACCUGGUAUACGUUAUUUAUUAAUACGAUUCGGUCGCGAGCGUAGGUAUGUAUAGGAUGGUAAUUACUAUUUGUAAAAUAAUACAACGAGAGUAAUAAUAAUAUGAACGUCUCGCCACUUUAAAAUAUUAAAUCCUCGUGAAACGCUUUGUAUAUAAAAGCCAUAGGUUUGGAUUUAAUUACGACGACAAACAGUUGUAAGUGUAUUUGAAAAUAACCGAAAAGCUCUUUCUAAUUAAAUCGUAUUAACAUGGUUCAUUAAAAUAAUAAUAUACAAAUUUGUGCGGGUAUAUUAUUAUUUUAAUAUCGUGUAAAACAUUUGAAAUCGCUCGUAACGAGAUCAAACAAAACACCGCGAUUUCCGUUAAAAUAAUACGUUUAAAAAUAUUAUCGCUUAAUACAGAUACGUAUCGGAUAAAUAAAUUACUUAUUUUACCGGUUUUUUUUUUUCAAUUAUAAACGGUUUCUAUAUUUUUACAUCGGUAAUAGCGCCUGACGUAUUAUGAUAUUUCAUUUUAUUAGUAUAGGGGAGUAGGGAAAUUUUAUGUAAAUGUUGCGAAGUUAACGACGGUGACAUUAUGCGGGUCUGAGGCGCAGGAGAAACGAUAUGGGACAGUCGAGAAGGUAUGCACGAUUAAGGAGUAAGGGAGGAAGAAUAAGAAUGUAUAUGUGGGUCUAGAAGCUACGGAUACCGAGUCUAAAAUCGAAAAAAAAAUGUUGAAAUCCUGCACUAAAAGUAAUGCCAAUAGAUAGCCGCAGGUAGUAUAGUUUAAAGUGAUUUAUCAUUGAAUUUUCAAGUUGAAUACACGUCAAAACAAAGAUUCUUGAGAUAAAAGUGAUCGGUAAAUACCUUUAUGGCACUUUUGCGAACGUACACUUUACGAAUAUAACCAUUCCAAUAAUAAUAUGUUUAAAAACAAAUUUAAAUCAUCACACGACAAUACUGUUAGUAUAUAACUAUAUAUUACUUAGCAUUAUUUCAGUAUUGGAAUAAUAAUAAUUACUGUUUGUAUAUAAUUUAUUCUGGUCAUCGUAUAUUUUAGAAAUGAUUGCUUUCUUAAAAAAUUAUAUUUUAUUGGUGAAUCAAAAUCGAAUCGUCCUACAUAAAAAUCGAUUUCUAAUUGCUCUUAGUUUUUAAGACUGCUCGUUGUUUCUAUAUUACGGUCACGAACUGACUUUUUACUAAAUGGACCGAAACUAAAUUCAUUGCAGUAUACCUAUUGUAUAGUUUUUAAAUGCAUUUACAAAAGAUUUCGAAUUAAAAUCGUUCGUAGUUAAUAUAGUUAUAAUUAAUGUGUCAACUUCAUAUUUGUAAUUUUUAAGCGCUGACAAGAUAAUAAUAUUUAUAAUUCUAAUAAAGGUAGAACGAAAGAAAUUAAUAUGAAAUUAUAUUUUAUACAUUUUAAUUUUCCCGAAAUAUUUUUCUUUUUUUACAAAUUAAUAUAAUUUUUAAUUUACAAAACUUUUAGAAUAAGUGCUUGCAGUUUUCAAAUGUAAGCAAACUAUAAUUAUAAAAUUAAUACAAACACAGAGAAGAAAAAAAACCAGACGUACACUAUGGGUAGGUCACUGUAGUGAGUGGGAAGGUCAUCGCGUAGUUUAUAUAUUGAAAAAAAAAAACGAUAAAUCGUUUAAAUCAAAAAACGAUUCUGAACGGAGUACUAUUAGUAGGAUUUUUUCCUCUUGGGUAGCCUAGAUAAGUGAUUACUCAAAAACCAACAAAAAUAAAACCAAUGUAAUGACAUUUGUUGUCGGGUUUUUACAUUUCAUAAAAAAACUCCGAGGAAUCUAGACAUUUUUUUUUUUAAAUUUAGCACAAUCUGGAAAAUAUCUUCCAUGGCAAAACACAGAAAAUUGGAAUACUUAUCUACUUUUACUAAAACGAAAUGUUUUCCGAGAAAAAAGAACACACACCCGUCUUAAUAAAACUGAUAGCUUCUUUCCUACUCUCAGAAUCUAAAAACUCCGUAAAUGGUUUACAUUGCUAAAUCGCUACAUAUAUUUAAAAUCGUUUAUUAAUUGAACGUUGAAGUCUUUUACUGUUACUUCGCUGAGUUUAAAGAUAUAAAAAAAUAUUUACUUCGAUCGAAAUUAGUUUGUUUUUCACUAUUUUCUUCCAUGAUAGUUUAAUUAUUUUUUCAAAAUUGACUGCGUGUGUUGGAAAAAAAAACCAUACAUCUGUAUUACGUAUUAAGGUAUGACCAAUUUAAACUCAUUAGAAGGUUGUAUGACAUUUUUAGAACACUUUUACUGUCUUAUAGGCUUUAAUAAUGGACAAUUUCGUCCAAAAUUAACUAAUAUUUUCACUCUGUCCUAUCUAGAAAAGCAUUAUUCCCAAUUUUUUUUUUUUUUGAAUAGCUAUAAUAUCUGUGGAAUGUUAUUAAUAUAUUUUUAGUAAUACUAAACAAUUAGUAAAUUGUAUACAAUUUGUUCCGAUAUCUUUUUAACUGUAGACAGUCUCACACAAUAUUUUGAUAAAUAUUUUUACAAUUUAUGUAUAUUACGUAUAACUAUCACCAGGAAAAGAAGAAAGAAUCAUCUUUGAGAAUUUGGAAGUUUAUAUCAAGGUAUUGAUGUGUGAAUUUCGUUCAUUUGUGGCCGUUCGUAUUGAAUGAUUUUAAUGAUUUUAAUGAUUUAAUGAUUUUAACUGGUUGUUCUACGCGUUUUUGAAACGAUUAUAGUUUUGUCGAAGCCAUAUUUUUUGAAGGACUAGGUAUAUUUUGUUGUAAAAUAUUUCCACAUGAAAAAAAAAUUUUAAUCCGACCACUAAUCCAGUUUUUUUUUAAUCAUAAUUUUAUAUACUCAUUUUACCUUAAUUUAUAUGUCAUAUCGUUAAUAUACGGGCUGUUCACUCCGCAAUAAGACACUCAUUAUUACGGAAAGUAUUUACUUUUUUCGGAAUUUUUUUUAGAAACAAGCAACUCUAAAAUGUAAAAUUCCUAUUAUAUUUUUUGUCACUCUUAUAAAUAUUAUGGGUGAAAGGAUUGUCCGCUUAUGAUUUUCAAAUGGCAAACUAUAUUGAAAAUUCCAUCAAUAGAUGAAAUAUUAGUUUAAAUUAAUUUCGGUGUUGAAAUUUUUGAUUUCCAUCAAACCAUUGACGAGAUAUUUUAUUUUUAUGUUUCGGGUAGGGAGAGAGAAGUGGAGUAACAUUUUUGUGGCGGCACGGCAAAAGUGGAAUAAUUCGUUAACGGUUUUAUGGUUGACAAAACUUUCAACACCAAUGUAAAUGUAUACAAAUUAAUAUUUCGUCUUUUUAUUAUUGGUUGCUAGUUGAAAAUCAGAAGUACUACCUGCUUUUGAGGGUGACAAAAAAUAAUGGUAACGUAACAUUCUAGAGUUACUUGUUCAUUAAAUGUUCUAAAAGAGAAAUUUCGUAAAAAGUUAUUACUUUCCGCGAUCAUGAGCGGCUUACCGAGGAUUGACCACUCUGUAUACGAUUGUUUAACAUUAGUUAAAUUUCUUGUAUUGCUGUUCCGCAAUUAGGUUUAAAUAUUUACUCCCUAACCAUAAUAAUAUUACGUUGUUGUGUCUCGCGUACCUAAUAUUAAUAUAUAAUGCGUGUGUAUGAAUGUGUGCAUGCUAUAGGUUUCCCUCGGUUGAUUAAUGACGUAGGCAUUUGUGUACGAUGAAUGUUAUUAACCCUGAUUUGUUGUUUUUUCUUUUGGCAAGAAUACCGCAGGUCUUUUGACUGUUGCUUACUAAACGGCCGGAUUGCCGGUGGGUCAAGUAUAUUAAUUACGCAAUUUAACUUUUGCGAAUCGAAAAUAAGGCGUGUAAUUAAGUUUGUGGUUUACUGGAAAUGGGAUGGAACGUUUCUUGUCCCGCGUUUCCAUUUAGUAACCUACCUACACUGUGUAACGAUUUGGAGCCAAGUAAGGUAACAUGCGGUAAAUUAAGGCUAAAUAAUUAAUUAAUUCGCUUAAUACUUAAGUUAAUUGAUUGCAGUUGUUGCAAUAUAAUUUACGAUUCGUUUUUAAAGAACACGUUCUGUUUGCAAUGUAUUAAUAUUAAACGACGCAAUUGUUAAACUCACAUUUUACAACCUAAAAGUUUGCUGGAAAAUGAAAAAAAUUUAUCGAGUAUUAAAAUAUAUUGGUUUAAUAUUUGUUUUUAGGUUUUUUUUUUUGUCGAAACCAUUUAGGAAAAAUCUUCAUGCAUCUUUAAGUGAACCGAUUUCAAUUGUCUUUUACAAUUGUCUGUUAGAAAGGGGAUAAUUUACAGGACGCGUUGUACGUGGGUUUAAAAAAAUUAUAUUUCGAAACUUUAUUUUUAGAAUUUUAAUAUUACCAUUUUUACGUUUUUUAAACUCUUAGGCCUCUUAAUAUAAAAAUGUAUACUGAUUGAAUUUUUUAUUAAAACCAGUUAAUUGUCAAUCUAAAACAUUUAUACAAACCCACGAGCAUAACCCAUAGAAAUAAUGUUUUAUUCAAUUUGAUGGCUAUUUGAAACGCAAUUUUGAUAGGAACUUUGAAGUUUAUGAGUGUUUAUAGUCUGUAAUCACAUUAUUGUAAUACAGUUUUAAAGAAAAAAGGCGAACAUACUUUACACCAUGGGUAUGCUACUGUUAGUAUAAAUUAGUAUAAUAAAUAGUUGCCUGAAUGUUUUUAAAAGUCGUCUAGAAACUGUUUAUGAAUUUAAAGUAAACAUUUUAGGUUUAUCAUUAUUUCUAAUUAAAUUACAACAAAAAACGAAUUUAAAAAAUAACAGAAACCGUUAUUCUGUAAAUAUUACUGUUUUUAAAAUUACUAAGAAAACUACAAGGAAAAUCAAACCAUUUCCUUUUCAAUGCAUAAAUUAGAUACAAUUGUCUUCCAAAAUUAACCCCUGAAGUAAAUGUUGAAAAGUAGAAAAGUUGUUUACAGACAGAAAAAAAAUGAAAUCACACAUUAUAGUAAAAUCAUUACGCUCAGAAUUUAAUAAAUUUAGGCUUUCUUGAAUUGAUAUUUAACACCAUGAGGCUAGUUUGAAAACAUUUUAAGUAUAGUCAUGAUAUAAAUAUUUGAAAUUUGAAAUCUUACAGGAAUUAACUUGAAAAUAAUUAAAAUAUUUGUUGGUACACGAUAUGAAUUAUUGAAAUCUAUACGUUGUUAUUUUUCGGCAACAUAAUACUAUAUAUAUAUAGGACGUUACACAUAUUAUCAUGAAAUGGUUGUUAAAAAUGUCAAACAUCGUAUUUGUCAAAAAAAAAGUGAUUUUUAUUGUAAAUCAGGAUUUUUUUUUUUUUUUUUUGUUAAAUACGUUUCGGUAGAAGUCAAUAAUUGUAGAAUACCUACUCAAUUAUAGGACUCUAUUCCAAAAACCCCGGAAAUAUAUUUUGUCCGCGUAUCAAAAAUUGUACCUAAUAUUUGAUUUACGUUCUUUCAGAUGUAACGGAGAAAAAGCCAAGCAGGUGGUGAUCGACACGGCGCUUGGUCAAAACCCGUCGUCCAGUGAUGACUCCAAAUCGUCGUAGUCGCUGCCCAUUCGCGUUGUCCAGAGCUAUCGUAGUUUUCUUUACUCCAUUACAAUAUAAUUGUUAUUGCUAGAGAGUUUGCUGGAAGAUAGAGCCGAGUCCGUUUUAUUCGUAAUCAAUGCCGAUAACGUUUAACGCGGGCAUAUUAUGUAAACGCACUAAAAUUAUGCAGACUGGAUCUUCCAGCAACCUCUGUCUAUCAAUAUUUCACAGAUCCGAAUCAUCGCGGUCUGUGAUCAAACAUAUUUUUUUAUUUUUUUUUAAAUACGCCGAUGACGUAAAACUUGAAAAUCACGAAAUAUCACGGUGUUUAUUCUUGCGUUUAUCGUUAUCGAAAAAACUUAGUUCCUCCGAUAAAACAUAAAUAAACAAUGCGUUAUAUCUAUAAGACAUUGAUAAUAAUAUAAUGCAAUAUUAAUUUAUAUAUAAUAAAAAAAACAACAAUAAAAUGUGUGUAGGUUUAUAGCUUGUAACGGAAAAAAAAGUAUUUCUCACUUCUACACGACCACGGCCGAUAAAUACUAUUACAGUACCCGGUGCGAUCGGUAAUUUUCUAAAUCGAUAUCAAUCACGAACUGUAAAAUUGUCAACCGUUAUAUUAUUAUUAUUAUUUUGUGUGAACGAAACAACAGGGGAUUUACCGUCGUCAUUUUUCUUUUUCAUAUUUAUUUAUUUUUUUAUUUUUAUAUUUCGUUGACUGUUCUUUAUUUUAUUUUUAUUUUUCUAUAUAAAUUCCCUACGCCCCGCGAGUGUACCAGCUGUACAUAUACAAGGUAAAAGGAACGCCCGUUGAUAACACUAUUUAUCAAUCGUGACGAACCGUUCGACCGUAAUUUCGUAAGUUUUCAGUAUAAAACGUAAAAAAAUAACCGCGGUACAGUCUUAUUUACUAACGCGGAGAACUAAACGCACUAAAAAUCCUCAAAAAAAAAAAAAAAACCAUUGGUAUCUAUUUUAAAAUCUCCUCCCCCCAAAAAAAAAAAUAAACAACCCAAAAUUAAAUGUAAUGCUUUACUAUCGACUAAGAAUGUAUUAUGUUUUUAUAAUUGUUGUAUUUUUAUAAUUGUUAGGUAUUUAGGGAAUGUUCUCGUUUAUUAUAUAUUUUUUAAUUAUUUAUUGUGAACGCGAUUCGCAGUCUAAUUAAAACGGCUUAGACAUUAUUAUUUAUUUAUUUAUUUAUUUUACAG